GCUUUUGCUUUUUGUUUUUCCACCACCACCACCUCAUUUUAGACGGGGCGGCGGGUCAGCGAGGACAAGAGUAGAUAGAACAUCACUAAGCCAUGGAAGUCAGCAUGGAAGCAGGUCAGUUUUCCUUCCCGUCUUGUGAUGAGAAUGCACAUGGGGGUUCCCACCCCACAAAAAAACCAGAUUUCGCAGGGAGAGGAACAACCACCACAACAGGGUGUCCUCACCUAAGACUUAUCGUAACCUUGAGUUCAUCUGCGCGUGCAGCAACUGGGGCUUCUUCCCUGGGCCAGGGAAGAGAGCGCCUUGGAGGAGGAAAACGUGGGGCGGCAAAUAAAAUAAAAUAAAGAGAGCAAGCUGGCGGGCUGAGCGACUUACACAGCCUUUUCUAAAUAUAAAACCCGAGCAGGGUGGGGAAGGGUGUGCAAGGCAAGCGUGCGAGGCACAUGCACACGCGGAGGGGAGAGUCGCAGGGCAUCGAGCCCCGCCGUCGCCUCGACGGUGGUUGGCGUUUCAGGGGAGAGUCACACGAGAGGGAGGAGGAGGAGGAGGAGAAGAAGAAGAAGGAAAGCAGCCCUUUUCUCUGCCUCUCUUUCUCUUUCCCUCCGCGGGCUCAACUCUCAGCAAGAGAAGCUCAUACAGGGGGGGAAAGCGGGGUGACGUCGGGGAGAAGGAAAGGGGGCGACGGGUGCGGAGCCCGGAGGGCGACCGGCUAAGCCUCCCUUCUUCUCCUCCCUUCUUUUUCCCACCCCCCCCCAGCUGACAACAUGGCUGCGGCCGCUAACGCAGCCCAGGACGAGCUGAGUAAGUGGGGGGCUCUGGCACAGAGAGGAGUUUGGGGAGGGGGAUUUUUUUUUUUGGUGUGGGGGGGAGAGGUGAGCUGACAAGUUUUAAUCCCCCCUCCCCAUAGUCUUCUAGUGGCUCCCUCUUUUUUUGUGGGGGUCCUUGCAGCAGGGGAGUGGCCGGGCCCUUCUUUAUAGGGUGGGCGCCGGAGGAGGGUCCUGCACCCCGCUCGCUUUGGAGAUCCUUGUUUCGCACGGGGGGGGGGGGAGCAAAUGUAGAGCCGGCAGAGGGACAGGAGGAGGGGGUUUUGCCCCGAAAGGAUGGGGGAGAGGAAGGGAAGGAGGGAGGAGGAGGAGGAGGAGGAAGCCGGGCGCCUAGGCCUCUCUUGUGCAAAGUCAUAUUAGGAAAUUGAAAGUAAAGCAUCGGGGCGGAGGAGGGUUGGGGAGGGGGCGCGCAAUAUACUGUAUCUAUCUAUCUAUAUCGGUGCCCUAACACCCUUCUUCUUCCCACCCUGGUUUUUUAUAUAUAAUCCCUGUUUUUGAAGAAUCGUGUGUACGUGCGCUUCGUUAUUCUCGAUGGAAACGAGGCAUGCUUGCCAUAGAUAUGCUCCCGUUGGGGAUUUGACGAAUCCAAAGCCGCCCUCCCCUCCCUUAUAUUCUUCUGGGGCAGUAAAUCCAAAGCGCCCCCCCCAUAACCCCCGGUUGAUUUGAUUCUUCCUGUCCUAUCACACUGAAAAGUGCAGGCCAGGCGACAAUAAUGACUUUGCUUUUCCGGGUUAGCAUCCGGCUCUAGGAAGUCUCUUGGAUCCACCUGGAAUUGGGAUGGUUUUUUGGGGGGUGGGGGGGAUCCUGUUAAGGGUCACCUUCCUUUCACACACACCCUGUCUUUCAGACGUGGAGAUGUUGGGGAAGGGAAGAGCAUGUUGCCAGCGUGCGAGAAGCUUUUGAUUUCCCAACGUGUCUUGCCUGGUGCAAGUCUCCUCCACCCCCACCCCCCCAUUGCCUUCCAAAUUUAGUGCUUCUCUCUCUCUCUCUCUCUCUCUCUCCCCCCCCCAUGUUAAAGGGACCCUAGCCUUGCUCUGCUGGGGCGUGGAAGUAAUUCUUUGUGACAGGAAAUGCCUGCAGUUUAUGGCACCGAGGCAAGCUGGGAAAUGUAUUUUUCUUUUUUGUCUCAUUGAAAAUGGUUCUUUCACAAUCUCCGCAUGUUCCUUCUUCGUCCCUGCAGAAGAGAUCCUAGAGGAACAGUGAUGGGACUUGGUAGAAAGUCACGUUGUGCAAUGUAAUAUUUAUUUUGAGCAAAGAUGCAGAGGCUGGGGCUGUAAUUGUGAUUUCUGUGGUGCUUGGGUGGAACAUUCCCUUAAUAAAACCUUCUGAUCUCCGUUUCCUCCUUCAGGAUAUGUCUGAUCUUGAGUAAGCCUUCUCCGUGCCCCAAUCCUUUGGUUUUCUUGGGUUUGAAAUGACAUGAUUUGUCUCUGUACUUGUUCCAAAAUGUUGGGAGGUGAAAUGAUACAGUACUUAGAAAUGCUUAGCUCGUGAAGUACUCCAUUUCUUCUAUGCUCCUCAUCAGAACGGCUGACUUAAAGCAUAAGUAAACUUUCUCUGCCUUCUGCCUAAUUUAGCUUCAGCGAGUAUUUUUAAAAGCAGUCUUAGCUAAUACUUGAUUUUGGAGACUUAAGCCUAACAAAAAUUAUUUGUACAUUUCAAACGUGUAAAGCAACCCACAUACAUGCAGUUCCCAUCUGUGGCCUGGUUGUCACCUAACUUAACAGGUCCACUUAGCAUGUUACAUUAAGCCAAAUCAUAGCUAAGUGUGAAAGAGAAACACUGUGGGUACACGGAACAAAAAUCUGAACCAUUUUGCUCCUCUCCGGGUCUUUCUCCAACCGGAAGCUAAGCCAUAAUUUUGCUCGGUGUGAUAAAUGAAAUUGGACCCAUGGUUUGCCUCACUUUAAACAAGCUGCAAGUUGUAGCUAAGGUUUGUUCUUGACCAGUAUUGUACUCAUGGUUUGUUUGCGGGAAGACAAACUGUGUGUGUGGAUUCGCACAUACCUAAACCUCCUUGUCUUAUUUCUGGGUAAUGCAGCAGUAGCAGGACUGGGACGGGAGUGAAGUGGCAGCAGUUUUAUUUAUUAAUACCUGCCUGCUUGCUUGUUCACACUUAGUUUUGGUUUGGCUUAGUCCGAGAGGGGAUGCAUUGCUUAAUGCCACAUGCAAUGCAUUCAGAAGCACCUUUACUGGGAAGUGAGACCCACUAAGUUCUGUAGAAAUUACCGUACAUUCUGGUGAGUGUGCUUAGACUUGUAGUUCCUAUGAAUCUAUGACAGAGGUUUCAAAAACAACAGAUGCUGCAUGAUUGUUGCAAUUGCUUUGUGAAAGUCCAUGAUGAUCCUAAGUUUGAAAUGAGGAAUCGUGCCAGCAUUUGAGUGGCAUGCACCUAUCGCAUGCGAGAUUUGGAAAGUGUGCGUCACUGGCACCAUUUGGUCAGUACUCUUGACAUCUCUGACGAAAGGUGACACAACAUCUUUUGACACGCCACCUCAUGAUUUUUAUUAAUUUUUAAAAUUCCUUCAUGAAAUAGUGCCGACUGUUAAGCUGUUGAAAUAUUAAGCAGUUUAUAAAUGAUAAUAAAAUAAAUAAAUACCAGCAAUACUUCUCUUUCCUAGUGUGCCCUGUAAUUUAAUUAUCACUGCUAAGUCUGCAGUUCAGGAAGGUUUGCAGCACAAUUUCUUCCUAAGGCUAUCAGUGGUUACUAUUAUUAUUGUGAUUACAUUUAUUUCCUGCCCUUCACAAGCAGGUCUUAGGGCAGUUUAUAACAAUUUAAAACAGUUAAAACAUAUUGCAUUCACAAGUAUAGGGUGGGUCCUGAAAACACACAUCUCAAGUGCCGAAUGGCUGCACUUUGCUUCCAUGGUUGGAGGCAGUAUACGCCCUGAGUUGAGUAUACUGGGUGGCGCUGUGGUCUAAACCACUGAGCCUCUUGGACUUGCCGAUCGGAAGGUCAGCGAUUCGAAUCUGCACAAUGGAGUGAGUUCCCGUUGCUCUGUCCCAGCUCCUGCCAACCUAGCAGUUCGAAAGCACACCAGUGCAAGUAGAUAAAUAGGUACUGCUGUAGCUGGAAGGUAAACAGCAUUUCCGUGUGCUCUGGCACUUCUCGUGGUGUCCGUUGCACCAGAAGUGGUUUAGUCAUGCUGGCCACAUGACCUGGAAAGCUGUCCAUGAACAAACGCCAGCUCCCUUGACCUGAAAGCAAGAUGAGCGCUGCAACCCCGUAGUCGCCUUUGACUGGACUUAACCAUCCAGGGGUCCCUUUACCUUUACCUUACUCCCUGAGUACUAGUUGCCAGAAACGGCAGGUGAGGAGGGGCUGCUGUUGUGCUCAGGUCUUGAUUGUGGCCUUCUAGUUGGUAACAGGUUGGCCAUUGUGAGAACAGGAGUUUGGAAUAGAUGGGCCAUUGGUCUGAUUCAGCAGGCUCUUCUUGUGUUCUCAUGUUCCUGUGCUGCCUGGGUAGCAUGAAGAGGCAUAUGUAAAUAGAGCAUCCUUCAGUGCCUUCCUGUACCUGUGUAGCUGCUUCUGGAAAAUGGUACAACACUGUUGUAGGAAGGAGCUACCCCAUGGGGUCAAAUCAUGUGUCCUGGGGCUUCUCACAUUGGUCCAGGAGCGCAGAAAUAUUGUGUUGUACUAAAACAACCUUUGGAGGUCCAUUUGUAUCAGGAAAGUUCAUUCGCUAUUGAUGCCCAUCGUACUCCACCCCUCCCCUCCACCUUUCAUGGUAAAAUAAGUGUGUUUUUAAACAUAGAAGAUGGGUAGAAAUGAUGAUGAUGAUAAUAAUAAUAAUACAAACAAGGAUUACCAAAUUCACCUCUUUCUUCCUGGCAAAUGUGCUCUUCUAACAAGGUUUUGGGGAGAAAUCAGUACACCUUACUCCUUUGAAGCGUUUUAAAUUACGCUGCCUUUAAAAGCUGGAUUCUCAACUAUGAUUACAGUGUUUAAAGUUUGCAGUGCCCUUGCAAAUUGAUGUCCUCACUUUGAAAUUGGAUGCAAGUCAUUAUCCCAAACCACCUUGCAGAACAUUACUGUUGCAAGCCCUGUAGUUGAAAAUUCUGUCGUGUAAAAGGCCUGUUCUUUGUGGCAACAUUCCACAGAUAAUACUGUGCUGACUAGACUUACCCUGAAAUGCAUCUGUCUUGGCAACCCCUGACACACGGCUGCCUCCAUUCUGUAGUCAGUGUAUCAACAUGAUGUAGUGAAAGUAUCUGGAUGUGGUACUAUGAAAAUCUUACCUAAGGGGUAUUUAUAUGCCAUUACUUUCACUGUUUGGGUACCCCUUUCUUACCCGGACUUUGAGAAAGUGAUACAAGCAAGACAUCUGUGCACAUGUUUACUAAAUGGAAGAAGCUACCAUGAAAAAAGAAUAAGUUUGAAAUUGGGGUUCAUAUCUGAAAAGAGGAAGUUACAGUUUUAGAAAAUCAAUAGGGUAAUUAUUUCACUCCGUUGUUUUUUUUUUAAGUGCUGUGUGUAUCAGUUUUCGGUGUCACUGUCAAAAGCUGAACCUGUGCUGGUAUUGUAUGGCUAGCCUGCUACAGGGCAUUCAUUUUAAAGUAUUGAAGGAGGCGAAGUCACAGAAGUUCAAGGAGCCAAAAGUUAUCGUGUGAAACAGGUGCUACAUUCUAAUAAAGUAGGAUUUCUUAUUUGGGAUUUCUUCCAAAUUUUUACACGAAUAUAAUCCACUCAAGGGAUAUGGAAUAUGGAUUCCCUUUUUUUCCAGACUGGUCCUUGUCUUGUUUCUCCAGACCCCUAAAAUCACAUUUGCUGUGUUUGGAGCCGUUGAGCAAGCAGCUCGUUCAUAGCAGAAGCACUUCAUUACAGCAGGAUUUUAGCUCAUCCCUUCUUGUUGGAUGAUUUGCAUUAUUUGUUUUGCCAUUUUAUGACAACCCGUGAUUAGCAACUUACAUAUAGAACCUGAAAAAAGAAGUUGAUGGAAGUGCUAGCAUUGUGUUCAGUGUAACAUAGCACACAGGACCAGAAAAAUGUAGAGAUGUCUUAACAUAAGGAAUAUAUGUACAACUACAUAUUACUGUGUGCAAUAGUAUAGGAAAAAACCUAUAAGAAGAUAGGAAAUAUUAUUUGGAUGGCUUAACGUUUGAAGAGCAAGGGGUGUAGAUAAUAAUAUUUCACUUCUUGUCUUGAACCAUGCUUCUCUUAUACACCUAUUUGUAGAACUGAGAAACUUAGAUGAGAGUAAUUUUCACUUCACUGUCGCAGAGAAACAAAUAGUGUACUGCAAAGCAGUAUGAUGAUAAAGAAUGUGAUAAGAAAUAAGUAUGACAGUGAUUAAUUGAUGAAUCACCUGUUAACCAAUUAAAUCAUAAAGGCCUUCAGAGAUAACUUAAACCUUAAUAAAAAUGCUACCUUUUUUUUGUCUUCUUGUGUUGGAUGAUCAGUACACCAUCACUUUAAAAAAAUAAAGAAGUGUGUCAUUAAUUUAUGGCCUAGCUGAUUAAAAUUGUUAAUCAACAAGUGCUUUAGUUCAUUGACAUCCAUUAAAACUCUCAUUGCAGUUGUUGGAAUAGGCCGUCAUUUGGGCAAAAAAUGAAAGCUAGCAUAUGAUGUAAAAACAGUUUAACAAUAUUUUCUAGGAAGCUAGUGUUCUAGAUGCCUGACCCACCUGUAAAUAAGCCAUUCCAAAAGCCUGUCUUUUGGAAACAGUGAAAGAUGCUUUUCUUCAUGGGAGCUUUUGGUGUCUACUGUUAGGUAUGGCUAGACCCAUAUGCGUGUAGGUGGAGGUUGUGUUUGUGUGUAUAUAUACAAUUAAUCCACACUGGUUUAUUGAGAUCUGGCUGGCUACAAAGUAAAUCAAAUAAAUCAAAAUGGCCAUUGGUGACCUUGUUGCUGACACAAAUAUUCUUAUGUGGUAGUGUGAGCUGUAAAAUUGUCUGUGCAGUGGAAACACUGGUUACUGAUAUCUGCCCCCAGUUUGUAUGAGAUAUUUUGCUGGCAUUCUUGCACUGGGAUAAUGAACUAAAUCCAUUCUUGACAGCCAAAAAGCUUUGGUUAAACAGUACUAUGAUGCAGUUGGUCCAUUUUAUUUUAGUGGUGAAUAAAGUAAUAUUGGGUUGUGUCCGUUUUGCUGUUUGUCAUAGAUUUUGCUAGUUUUUAAUUCGUCUUCCCCCUUUCUUUUUCAUAGAUCAGCUUGAGCGUGUCUUUUUACGUCUUGGCCAUGCAGAAACGGAUGAGCAGUUGCAGAAUAUUAUAUCCAAAUUCCUACCGCCUGUUCUUCUGAAGCUUUCCAGUACACAGGAAGGAGUACGUAAGAAGGUAUGUAUAGACUCCCUGGGCACAGAAGUACAUAUAAAGACAAUGAUUAAAAAUCCUCCCAUAUGUUAGUUUUAGAUGCAUAUAAUUUAUUCUGCUUGGAGCCUGCUAGUGUAUCAUGAGACUUGUUUUUAAAGUCAAACUUUUAUUUUGGGCUGGCAGCCUGAAUAUUAUUCAGAGAUGUGUUCUGGGUCAAAAAAAUCUAAAUGUUUGGUUCAUUUUUUGGGGUUCGGGUUCAGAUUGUCUCUCUGGCUCAAUAGUGCAUGCGGGCAAAAAGAAUAACUCAUUGGACUCAUUCUUUUAAAAAAAUGGUUACAUGAGAUACCAUAUGGGUAUUGCAAUCAUUGUCCUUUGGUAUUCUCAUUAUAUCUUGGACUUUGUCAAUUGCGGAACCCAAAUCGGUCAGAUCCAAGAUGAUUAUUUGCUCUCUUUCAGGUUAUGGAAUUGCUUGUUCACCUGAACAAACGUAUCAAAAGUCGCCCCAAAAUCCAGCUGCCGGUGGAGACUUUGCUGGUCCAGUACCAGGAUCCUUCCGCGGUGUCCUUUGUUACAGUAAGUGACUUCUUUCAAAAGUUAUCGGCUGGUGAAAUAUGAGGGCUUAUUAUAGUUAGAAACUUCAUCCAGUUGUCUUAACUAUUCUGUCAUUUCAAAAACUCAAAUAGUUAUGCCACUGAAAAUGGAUGGAGGAGACAUGCAUUGAAUUAGUAACAUCAGGAGAUUCUCAGGCAUGACCUUUAACAUUCAAAUAAGACCCAGACUUCUUAGGAAGCCACUGGUCGGUCUUGCCCAGUCUUGUCUAUUCUGACUAGCUGUGGUUCUCUCAGGGAUUCAGUUGGGAGUGUUUUCCAACCCUACCUAGAGAUGCCAGGGAUUGAAUUUGGGGCGUUCUGCAUUCAGAGCACAUGCUCCAUCCCUGAGCUACAGCCUGUCCCGUUGACAUAGAAGAUAUACAGACAUCUAGUUAAGAGCUUGAUAACCCAAACUUUUAAACAUUAAAUACUAAAGAUAGAUAAAUAGAUUCAUAGACUUCCUGGAUCUUUUGUCAGAAUCUUGAGUGCUGAUGAUUGCCUGUAUUCGUUUCUUUUGACUGCCUGCCCCAUUCCAUUGCCAAAAUUAUUCUCAGAUUUAAAAAAACAAAUUUCAGGGUGAGGCUGAAACUUUGGCAUGUCAGUGCAGUAGUUGAUUGACGUUGGUUACACAGCCACCCAGAUGUCUGUGUAAAAGCUCAAAGAUGGUUUGGAGGGCUUCUUCUAGUUGAUUGUGGCAGGACACAGAGGUGGACGCAAUCUCUUAGGUUUUAAUGGGCACUUUCCAUUAAGGGCUUUAGCAGUCAAAGCUACAACCUUGAAUUUUGCCUGGAGUGUUGAUGUAAAGUGCUCCUAGCAACCUACGUCUGUUAGGAAAUGGGCUUCUGCAAUCAGCCCCAUUAAGAGCACAUCAAUGUUGCUCAAGGCGAAUGAGGUUAUAGUACUUCUGAAGAACUAGACUGGUUGACUGGCAAAUACAGCCGUACCUUGGUUCUCAAAUGCCUUGGUACUUGUACGUUUUGGCUCCCGAAUGCCAAAAACCUGGAAGUAAGUGUUCCGGUUUUUGAACGUUCUUUGGAACCUAAACGUCCGACGCGGCUUCCGCAGCUUGUGAUUGAGUGCAGGAAGCUCCUGCAGCCAAUCGGAAGCAGUGCCUUGGUUUUUGAAUGUUUUUGGAAGUCGAACGGAAUUGCAGAACGGAUUACGUCCGAGAACCGAGGUAUGACUGUAUGGGGAUUGCGAUGGCAUUUGUCAAUAAGAGGAUUAUUCUGCACAGGUUUCUUAAACUUUUGUGGAGACAUUGCAUGUCGCUGUUGCUUUGAAGUGGUUCUAUGUAGAUUUAUCUUGUACUUCUGCAGAAUUUCACCAUAAUAUACGUUAAGAUGGGUUACCCUCGUUUGCCUGUGGAAAAGCAAUGUGAGCUUGCUCCCACUCUCCUUACUGCAAUGGAAGGAAAACCUCAACCCCAACAAGACAGGUAUGAUGUUCUAAGCAUACAACUUCUUUUGUAUUGUCUUAAUUUUAAUUGCCGCCCCCCCCCCCCAAAUAAUCUUCGAUGUCCUUUAAUGGGUCUGACUGCAUUUUAGACAUUGGAGGAGAGGGUGUUGCAUGGUUUGGUUGUUUCCCAAUGUGGAAAUAUCUCUUGUGUGCAGAAAACUAAUAGGAGGAAGGCUAAGGGUAGAAAUCAGAAUAGCACUAUGGAGAUCAUUCCGUCGUUUCUGCUUGUCUAAUGGAAAGGUCUCCCCUCUUCUGUCUCCAUAUGCUGUUCGCCCAACCCCCACAGAACUGUUUUGUGGAGAACUUGAGGGGGCGGGGAAGACCUAUUGAACUAGUGGGACUCAAUAUGCUGUCUCCCAGUAGCACAACUUUGUUGUUCGAUUCAGAGUUUAAUCUAGAAUUAUCUCCUUCUUUUUCUCAGACAGGGAAUUUUUGUGGUUGUUGUUGUUUUCAAGAGGCAUACUCAACUUCUGCAUAAUAGGCACUUCUGGAAAUGUGGACAUUAGAACUGAUAUUGCUACAUUUGUUAAGUAACAUUUCUACGUAUAUGGAUUAAUUAUAAUCUUGGUUAUGAUCUUUUGAGCUACAAAUGGCCAUUGGAUUGAGUUAAUUUCAGUGGAGUUUUGAAAAUGCAGUUCCAUUGGGAUUAGUUGUUCUGUAGAAAGAGAAGCGUAAUUUUUAUGUGGACUAUAUUGCUUGAAGCUCCUGAUUCUAGAUUUAGAAAAUGCACAUAAACCAAACUAAGAAUGUUUUUUUAAUUUGCUUUCACUCUCAGUGUUCGUUGUGAUAGGUAUCAAGUGAAAACUAAUAGAUCAUGAAGGCAUGUUUCACAGUGGCAGUAAAUAUAAUUGUUUUUCAGCCUAAUGCACCUUCUAAUACCAACCCUUUUUCACAUGAAAUACCCUGUUGAACCUCUGAAAGCAGCUUCUCCGUUUAAUCUUGCCGAGAAACCAAAGACUGUGCAGCUGCUCUUGGAUUUUAUGUUAGAUGUCCUCCUUAUGCCUUAUGGGUAAGUAAUGGUGCAGUUCAGUCUUUGCUGUUUCUGUUCUCAUACAAGUGUAUGGCCAGUAUUGCCAAAAUCACAAAAUGGGCUGGGGUUUGAAAACUCUCAUCUUUAAAAUGCUUUCCUUCGCAGUGUAUGGUUAAAGACUAUAUAGUAGUUGAAGAGACUAUUGCAUAACAAGAGUUUUCCAGUUUCUUGUUGAUUAACUACUGUUCUCAACAAUAAAUGCUCCAUAAAACUUCACUUCUUUGAAAUAAAACCGAUGCCUGAUAACUUUUAGGUUUCUUUAUUUAUAGCAAUGAUAUUAAUAUUUUGGAAGAAUUGUUGCCUUUUUGUAUACAUUGUACUUGUUUCUGAGCUGUUUAAUUACUUUGUAGUAGGGUUUUAUGGUAACACUUGGUAUAUGUAAGUCUCUUUCCUUGUUUGCAUUUUCAUUCAUUAGACAAAAAAGUAGGCUCGCAAGAUGUGUUUAAGUGAUACUUUCUUCCCAAAGGAACAUGGAAUAAGUUCCUUGGAGUUUGCCGGAGGAUGGGACUGCUGGCCUGUCCCCUGCUGAGCUGCAGUGCCACCACUGCAUGUGACCAGAGAGGGGAUUGCAGUUCGGUGGUCAUGUGACACAGAGAGUCUUCUGAAGUUGCCUACUCUGGCGAAGUUUUUCCAUCUGAGCAACUUGUUACUGGGACAGCCUGUGCCCGUUCACUGGCUCACCAGCCCUGACCUGGGAAUCCGAAUUCCCCGAAUAACGUCCUCACAUGUUUUCCUUCUUCCUCUAGAUACGUGUUGAAUGAAUCCCAGAGUCGCCAAAGUGUCCCAGCUGGACAGGGCUCUUCUUCAUCAAGUGGUUCUGGAGGUUCUGGGAUCCCUCAGCCUCCUCCAGGAAUGAGCUUUUACGCGGCCAAGCGGGUAAUCGGGGACAGCCCAUGGACGCCGGAACAGCUGGAACAGGUAAAGCAAAUGCGUCACAGUGCAAGUCUGUGUCUGAAAUUGGUGCAAAUAUUGCCAAAAGCAUGCAUGCAAACUUGGGAGCCUGAUAUUUGAUUGCAUUCUCUUCCCCGAACCUGGCUUCGCAUUCACUCAUGUGAGAUCUAACGGCAGGGGGAAUUUGAAGCCAUUUGAAGCCUGGCUCACUCGUGAUCUAGUUACAAAGCUGACCAUAUAAAAUACAAAAGGUUGUCUCCAAUGUUAGCUCUACCUAGCACAAAUAUAUUAAAAUGGGUGAACACAACUAACUCUCAGGCCCAUUAAUUUCACGGGGCUUAGUUUGGUACAACCCAAAAUAUCAGAGGGACAAAGAAACAAUAGUGCAUGCAUGCGGGUGGCGCUGUGGUCUAAACCACCGAGCCUCUUGGGCUUGCCAGUCAGAAGGUCGGUGGUUUGAAUCCGUGUGAUGGGAUGAGCUCCCGUUGCUCUGUCCCAGCUCUUGCCAAUCUAGCAAUUUGAAAGCAUGCCAGUGCAAGUAGAUAAAUAGGUACAGCUGUGGCCGGAAGGUAAACGGUGUUUCUGUGCACUCUGGUUUCCGUCAGUGUCCCGUUGUGCCAGUAGCGGUUUAGUCAUGCUGGCCACAUGACCCAGAAAGCUGUCCGUGGACAAACACAGGCUCCCUCAGCCUGAAAGCAAGAUGAGCGCCGCAACCACAUAGUUGCCUUUGAUUGGACUUAACUGUCCAGGGGUCCUUUACCUUUUUUAUUUUAAACCUUAUUAUGAGAGAGAAUGUUCAGAAAGCCUUCCUGCUUAUCUGGUAGCUGCAAAUCUAGCCCAAACCACCUUGCUAGCGCUAAUAAUAGUAUUUUACCGUCACUGGGGGUAUUUUAUGGUUUACCCCAUUAACACUCUCAUAGCAUAGCCUAUGAUAAACUGACCAUCCACCCUUAUCUGGCUCUACCAUCCUGCAAUUAAACACAUAAAAGAAUCUCAGUCCUCGUUAUUGCAAUUUGAAGAUUGUGUUCCUGAAUAGACUAACGGAUUUCCCUCCUUUCCCCCUCCCUUUGCAUUGCCUGGCAGUGUAAACUGGGCAUUGUGAAGUUCAUCGAAGCUGAGCAGGUGCCUGAACUUGAAGCUAUCAUACACCUGGUCAUCGCCUCCAGUGACACAAGGCACAGUGUAGCCACUGCAGCAGACCUUGAACUCAAAAGCAAGCAAAGGUAAUGACUUGGAAUUUUUCUUUUAAAAAUAGGAACUGAAGCUUAAAUAUUAGGCACUCUUCUUUUCACCGAUUGCAAGGUUGUGCUUAUUACCAUGGCAUUCAUUGACAAAUAGCAUUUACUAAGUUUUUGAUGCUGUUGUACUGUAGGACCCCCCUUUUUUUUUAGCUGGGUAGUUUUAAACUUUCUGAAGAAAAUAAGGCUGGACAAAUUACAGGCGUAUGACUGUUGAGAGUUUCUUCUAUAUAUUGUUACUUGUUAAACUUGUAUCUAUCAUUUCCACUUAAGGUUGCUAAAGGCAGCUAAAAGCAAUAAUAAUUAAAUUAAAAUCAAAUGUAGUGUUGAAAAGAAGGCAUUUAAGACAUCACUAAAAAAAAGAGCCAGUUGCUACACAUUUACAUGUCAGCUUGUAAGCCAAAGGCCUAUCUAAAUAAAUAAAAAAUGGCUUUGCCUACCCCACUAAGUCAGGUCUCCUUUAGAACUCAUUUGAUGUAGGAGAGGGAGCUCACAGCAAUUUUAGACUCAGUAAGUGUGAUAUUUAAGUCUGCUUCUGGAAGGAAUGGAGGAAGGAGGAAUUAAAAGUAAAUGCUAUGUAAUCAUCAUGAAUCUUAUGACCUUACCAAAUAUUUAUCCUUUUUUAAACAUUCUUUAGUUUGAUUGACUGGAACAAUCCAGCCAUCAUCAACAGGAUGUAUAAAGUGUACCUUGGGGACAUACCACUAAAAACCAAGGAGGUAAGACUUGCUUUCCACGUUCCUUUUUUGAUUCAUGUGAACUAGACAUUUCCAUCUAGAUUCAAAAAGCAAGCCAUUAAAGACAUUGCUGUUCCAUAUUAAGACUUCUUUGAAUGGAGGUUGUUUUGCAUGUGUGCAAAGAACCAGAUGCAAAUAAAGCGCUAUGUAAGCCUCAUCCGUUGCCGCAAGAAGAAAGUUAAUCCUUAAAAAAAAAAAGAUAAGAAUUUGUCACGUCCCCAUGAGUAUUAAGGAAAGGUCAGAACUCAUGAGAUCAUUUUGCAGUUUAAACGGAUUUGAUACACAGUACACAAGAAAUAGAAAUUACGUCUUCACACAAGGCACAAUUGAUUUUAUGGAAUUCAGGGCCGCUCUUAAUUUAAAUGGCUUUGAAAGAGAAUUUGACAAAUUAAUAAGUAGCGGCAGCUGUUGGCCAUAAGAGAAGUGCCAAGUUCAGAGUGACUCUGGGGAAGGGCUGUUAUUUUCACAUUCUUCUUGUGCUCUUCUCUGGGCCUAAGUCAUGGCCGCUGGUGUGUUCACAAGAUUAAUAAGUAAAUGAGUGGAACUUUUCACACCAGCCUCUAGUAUGGAGAUUUACAAUCGCUUAAAACUGUUGUGAAUAGAAAUUCAUGGAAGCAUUUUGCUGCCUUGCUAAGCAUGCUUACUACAAAGGAAGUCCUACAGUGGGAAUAACUUUUGAGUAAACAUGCUUAGGAUUGCCUUGACGAUCAUUAGCUUUAUGCCUUUCCUGAAGUCACCCUUAACCCCUUAUUUGUUCAUAACAGGGAGCUGUUCUGAAACCAGAAUUGAAACGUGAUCCAGUCAGCACACGGGUAAAAUUAAAGAUAGUCCCUCAUCUUUUGCGCUCCAGGCAAGCUGCAGAAACGUUUCCUGCAAAUAUUCAGGUAAUGUCUUCACCUCAUAAUUCUCAGCCUCUUUGAAUCCAGGCCUUAACACUCUGGCUUUAACUGUCACCUUACAUCAUGGGCAGUGGCGGUUACCGGAUCGUUUUGUUUUGUUUUUAUUUUAUUUAUUAAUACAUUUAUAUUCCACCUUUCCUCCAAGACAGCAUGCAUGAUUCUUCCCCUCCCUAUUUCAUCCACACAACAGCCACGUGAGAGAGGUUAGGCUGGGAGACAUGGAGUGGCCUAAGGUUGCCACCCAUCAAGCUUUGGGGCUGAGUGGGGAUUUGAACCCUGGUCUCCUAGGUCCUAGUCCAGCCUUCAAAGAACUAUACGACACUAGCUCAAGGAGUGUGAUACUUGGACUAAUGCUAUACAAUAAAGCUUUUUGGGUACUGAGAGCACGUCUAUGCUAAACAAGACUGGGUGCAGUGAAGUGUCGCAUACAAGAUACCUUUAUUAAGAGCAAUUUAUGUUAGACACUGUUUUUCAUGAACUACUACUGAUUUUUUUUUUAAAUCAAUAAUAAUAUGAUAGAAUAUGAUCUUUAGUGAGACACAGAAAACUUUGAGAGGAUUUUUUUAAUGUCACUCCAUAAACAUUCAGUUCCUAAUAAUUCAGUUCCUUUCAUAAAUAGGACAGAUAGGUUCAGAAAAUAACUGGAAAUAAUAUCGACUGUUUCUAAUGAGCUAUUUUGUUCUGUUAGGUGGUCUACGAUGGACUUUUUGGUGCAAAUACCAAUGCAAAACUGAGAACCCUGUCUCUUCAAUUUGUGCAUCAUAUUUGUGUAAUGUAAGUACUUUAAUAUUGGUCAUGCCGCCAUAUGCGGAAACAUAUUAAUGGGAAAUGGAAUAUAGAGAUAAGCCUGAAGAUUUAUGUUUCUGAGGGCUUUGUCCUCUUGAGCAACAAUACGGCACUAUGCCACCAGGAGAGAUUUAUUACUAUUAUUUUAAUAUUCUAUUUUAUUUCAUACGCUGCGCUUUUAGUCCUGACAAAUAAGAAAAAUAAAAGAGUAUAUUAGUUGGAUUAAAACUAUGUUAAGGUGGAGAGUAAAGUUUAGUUGGAUACAACCUGAAAACUAAAACACAGCAAAGCAAUGUAGAAUAUUAAAAUAACAAAAACACAUGAAAUUGGCAGAAGGAUACCAAACUGCCACAUUAGUACAGUGUUAUCACCUAAAUGCUUCCUUGGAGAGUUAGGUUUUCAUUGGAUACCGAAAAGUGAGCAGUGACUGGGGCCAGUCAAGCUUUCAUUUGGGAGGGCGUGGCACAAGAUCUUGUUCUAUAUCAGGGAUGUCCAACAGGUUGAUCGCUAUCUAUGGGUCGAUCCCUGGGAAGUUUUGGUAGAUCACUUUCAAUCGCUGGCUCCUCCAUCUGGCCCCAGUCCCCUUGCCCCGCCCUCUAGAAGCUCAACAACUUUGACCUGAAACCCCCCCCCCCAAAAAACCGGGAAGUUAUUCCUAAAAAACCCUCAACAACUUUGACCUGAACCCCAAAAGAAGGGGUAGAUCACUGCCAGUUUUUAAUUGUGUGAGUAGAUCGCAGUCUCUUGGAAGUUGGUCAUCCCUGUUCUAUAUCAAGGAAAACCCGUGGCUAUAAGGAUGUUGUCAGGGGCAGGGGAGGAAGCCAGGGGGAUACAGAGAGCCUCUGGCGCUCCUGAGGAGCAGCGCCUUGUCCAGCGAUGGAGAAAGCCACACCUCCAGUGGAGCAGAGUGGGAAGCGGGGAGCCAAGCAAGGGGAGGGCUCGAAGAUGCUACUGAGAGCCCAAGCGCCUCACCUAGCCCUGCUGGCCAGGAGGCAGACAUGCUGUUUCCGUCGCCCAGCUUACGCAUAGGGAUGAAACGUAAGUAGGGAAGGCGGAGAUUUGGGGUGUCUAAGUUCUUAUGUUGGGGGAGAAACCAGAAGAGGCCGCUCCAGGAAUCUGCCAGUGACUAAGACAGACAUGAACUUUGUGUUUCUGCACUGUAUAUAGUUUACACCAAUAAAACCUGUAAAAGACAGGUCGGAGUCCUGCCUAGUUACUCACGAGCAACCACCACCAGCACCUGACAGAUGUCUUAUUUAAAAAUACAUCAAAACCUUUAAUCUUCCAUGUGUUGCAUUUCAGUUGCCCGGAUGGUAAGAUAAAGCCACUGGGCCCGAUGCUCCUGAAUGGAUUGACAAAACUGAUUAAUGAGUAUAAAGAGGUGAGUUCAAAGGCUAUUUAUAAAGAGGGACUUCAGUCGAGGAGUCCAUCAACAUGCCCAUCUUUUUUGUAUCUGGGGGAGUUACUUCAUAUUUGCUACAGCUAGAACCAAGAAAGAGAACGAGGGGGAGCCUGCAGUGCAACAAUUCAGUGUGUUCUCCCUAAUAAGAAUGUUCCUGUUUAGGGUUCCAGCCAUGCAUUCUUUCAAAACAGGGCAUUUGGUCCCCUUCCCCAUUUCUGUUUUUUGCUCAUUCAUCUUUCUAUGGCUAUUGAGCAUACUCUGUCCUCAGUGGGCUAUUGAUUUUUCAUUGUUUCUUUCCAUUUUGGCUCCAUUUUGUUUGGCUGCCACCGCCUGGGUUUCCUAGUGAAAGUAGGUUUGGGGUUCUGUCCUGGAUUUUACAAAUGGACCGACAAGGGCGUCUCUGUCUGCAUUCCUGGGUAUGGUUUGGCACACUCAAGUUUCACUAAAAAAAUAAACAUGGUUUACACUAAUGUAAAUAGCCCACGUUUGAUACCUGCAGCCACAAUUCCACAGGGUGUGUUCAGCUCUGGUGGCCUGACCCUCCUCCUUCCUUGCAGCAGCACACGUGUGUAACACCAGCAGAUCCAAGGGGUACUUAGAAGUCAUUUCCUGUCCAGGAGGUUUUGACAGCUGGCCAGAGCAGAUGCAGAAUCUCUAAGCCACCAAUCUGCAGGCUGUGUGCAGGCCUGGGGGUGUUCAAGUACUCUGCCCAAUCUUCUCAUGCACGGUUAGGGAAUAAUAGGAUAAACUACCUGCCCUGUUUCAUGGGUAUGAUGCUCGCAUCUCUGAGACUGCCAGAGAUCCACAUGUGAGUGUAGUAGUAGUAGUAGUAGUGGUGGUAAUAAUAAUAAUAAUAAUAAUAAUAAUAAUAAUGUUUUUAUACCCUGCCCAUAUGGCUGGGUUUCCCCAGCCACUCUGGAUGGCUCCCCACAUAAUAAUAAUAAUAAUAAUAAUAAUAAUAAUAAUACGAUAAAACAUCAAACAUUAAAAACUUCCCUAAACAGGGCUGCCUUGGAUCAUUUGAAUAGUGUUUCUUCUGUCAUAUGUAAGUCCAAAUUAUACAUGUGAUUCCUGGCUUGCACUGUCCAAACCUACGUGCUGUUUCAAGCUCUUGUCAUGGUGCCUUAUUGUAUCUGCAAUUUUCCACUUGCCAAGGCUCCUUUUUCCUUCUUGACAAAUAAAAUUAAAGGAACGAGAAGUAGUUUCACUGCCAUAUGUUGUGAUUUUUCAUCUCUGCCUGAAGAACACAGUCCCAUCUGUUCCUUCACUCAGAAAUGGCUCGCUGUAGAUGAUUAUUGUAUUUUUGGAACUUUUGUGUCUCUGAAACCUUUCUUGUUAGAGAAAAAGUGGGAAGGAUGAUGUAAAAUGCAAGUGUAAUAGUUGGGGAUAAAGGGCAAUGAAAACCUGAUUGUGUAUUGUUUCUCUCACUUUUAUGCUGACUGGCUUUUUUUUUUAAAUAAUUCAAGGACCCCAAAUUGUUGUCAAUGGCCUAUUCAGCUGUUGGAAAACUUUCCAGGUAACAGAAAUGCACUGAAACAUGUAAGAUGUUGGUUGAUUUUUGCAAAGCGAUAUGUUGCUCCGACAGCGGGCAAGCAAGUUAGUUUACCACAUCACAUGGCAACUCAUAAUGGUGUGUAGAAUGUGGAAUAGAUAAUGAUCUUCUAACUGCUCCGCAGCUGUUCAGUUAAAUUGUUGUGGAGGGUGGUUAUUGAAUGCUUGGGAUAACCCACUUUCUUAAAAAAGGGCAUUGUUGAAAAUCUAUCUGUUCUUGACAUAGCUUAAAACUAUGUUGGGUAGGUAGUCUUGGAGCAAAGCCUGUGAUGGCAUGCUUCAUAAGUUCUGUGUAUAGAAAUUACCCUUCAAAAGCCCUAGCAAAAUUUACCUCUAGAAAGGGGAAAGAUUUGUACGAUCCGAAGAGAUGCCAACGGCGACUAAUCAAAAACAUCUCCAAAAAAGAUACCUUUGACAUGCUCUGGUCUCCCCUUUUCUCUUUUAUUGAAGAAGAACAGGAUAUUUUAAUGCCACCGUUACCACAGAGGUGUCUGUGGAGGGAAUAUAUUGGUUGAAAAUGUAUUGUAACUUUUGAAUAAAUGUUUUUUGAAUUAAAAAUAAUAAUUCCUAUUUCUAUAACUUCUUGAUUUUUUAAAAUGAUCUCUGGUGGUUAUUAGAUAAAAUAAACUUUUACCAGUAGAGGCAGGCAAUUUAGAUCUAGCCUGUGAUUACUGAUAAAAGUAAUUGCCUGCCCUGCUUAACAGCUAGUGUUGCCUAGUGGCUAAGACACUUAGGUAUGAACCAAGGCAUUUUUGGUUGAAAUCUUACCUCUGACAUGCAUUAUGCCAGUAAGUGCCCUAGGGUGCAAUUUCAAACACAAUUACUAGGGAAUAAGUUAUACUGAACACAGUAUAACUUGCUUUUUCAGUACCUGUGCAUAAGAUGCACCUUGUCAGGCUCCCAUUUUUGCUAUACAGGGCAGUGAUACUGGGCUACCUUACAGAUCGUUUGUAAGAAUUUCUGCGUUACCAUCAUUAUUAGAAUGGCAAAGCAAGCUCUGUGAGUUUGUGGAAAUGGCAAAAUUGAUGGCAAUCAUUAGAGGCCAUUCAAAUCAGAGAAUAAUUAAAGAAUGGGAUGGAGUGAAGGAAGACAUGAAAAAAUAUGGUUCCGGAACUGGAAUAUCAAUAGAUAAUGUGUAAAACGUGUAGGGGUAAGCAAGGAAACAAUAAACAAUCAAUUGAAUAAUUAUUAAACUACAACAACACAACAAGAUGGAAGAAGUUAAAAAAAAAUGAGAUCACACAUGGGUGAAGGGGCGUGGGGGGGUAUAGGGAAAUUUAUAAAAAUUCCUAAUAUAAUAUUUCUAAUUGCGUUGCAUUUAUAUAUAGCAAACGGAAGUCUAUAGCAAUUAGGUAUAUUUUAAUCUAGUCCACUAUGUAAUAGGCUUAUGUUACAAAAUGAAUAUGGAUUUUGAAUUUGAUGCUUGUAAUUCUUUUUCGGUUUUGGAAUAAAGUUAAAAAAAAAAAAGAAUUUCUGCGAAUAAUUGCAUGUGGAGUGGUUUGAACCUUCUAAAGCAGUACACAAAUACCAGGCAACAUAUCGCUAUUUUAUAGAGAUGUUAACUGCAAGGGUAUAUAUUUCGCUUCAGUCUCAAAAACUGAUCUUUUAAAAUGCUGACGUUGUCUUUCAGCCGAAUACCUCAGCUGUUCACCAAGGACCUGGCACUAGUCCAACAGUUUUUUGAGGCUCUUUCUAAGGUUAGUAAUUCCUUUAAUAACAUGCGUGCACGGACAUAGGUUGUCUAGAAAAUUCUCCUUGUUUGUAAGGCUGGGUACUAAAGGAUGUAUCUCAUUUCAGGAAGAUCCCGACACCAGGCUUGCUAUUCAAGAGGCUUUGUCCAUGAUGGUUGGGGCCUACACAAAUCUAGAAGGAGCCCCACGUACUCUUAUGGAGGCCCUUGUGGCCUCAAACCUAAUUAAGGUAUGUCAACAAAGGAGUAGAGAUAUAAUAUGAUGCAAUAUGACUGAACCUCAAGACUUGAAAGUAGUGUGUUUAGAAAUAUCCAGUGUUUCUGUUGUGAUAGAUUAUUCAAAUCCAGUUCUGUAGCAGGUGAAGAAUGCAGAGAGUAGUCACAAAGUUUGCCUGUUAAUGAUCCUGUUUACCUUUACUUUUAGCAGGACCUUAAAAAUAUUGAUUCACUGUCGCUUCAAAAUUGAACACAACGAUAAGCAAUUACAGUAGAAAUUUAGAAUUUAUUUUUAAAAACCCCAUAGAACCUUCUUGUACAAGCUGAAUUAUUUAGAUACGACUAUGAGAAAAUUCAGUAUGGUUGUAGUUCUACAAGAGAGUUCAUGUAUUGCAAAUUCUGUAAUUGGAUAGAAAAUAUGAACAUUGGAAUACGAUCCAAAAGGUUGAACAUUAUUGCAAGACCAUAUGGUAUCUGUCUUUAUGCUAGACACCUGAUGUUGUGCUGUGUUACACUUUUUAAUACCAACACUUUUGGUGCUAUUUUGCUUUCUGGCCUCUAUAAACAUUUUACUGGGCGAAAAGGGGAAAGGUGCUGAAGAAAUGGCAGCUUGUAGCAUUUUUUAAUAUCUGGAGUGCCUCUGCUCCACUGUUUUCCACCCCCCCCCCCAGUAGCUGCCUUUCUGCUUCAUGUUUAUUUCAUAUAAGCACCUGCAUUUUUAAACAACAUGAAUGUGAUUUGUGUAGUCUUCCUAGAGGUGCAGCGAUAAAACUGCUAGCACAUUUGCAAAGCUAAGCAGGGUGAAGUAUGGUUUCAAAUUAGAUGGGGGAGAACCUCGUGUUGAGAUUCCUGCAUUGAAGUGGGUUGGGUUAGAUGACCCUCGGGAUCUCUUCCAAUUCUAUGAUUUCCUUUUUUCAGCCUCAAGUCCAAGUACGUCAGGUGGCCGUAAAGUUUGCCAGCACAGUGUUCCCUUCAGAUCACAUUCCUUCAAGAUACUUACUUCUUUUAGCUGCAGGAGACCCGUAAGUUUAAUGUUGCACUGCAGGUCAGAUCUGUAAGGAGAGAUUUACUGUUAUAAUAAGUGGUACGCUUAAAGGGCGUAAUUGUCUUGUGUGGCUGGCAUGCAGCAGGCAUCCAGAAAACAAUGGGUUAAUUUUCCCCAUCCUUCUAGGAUAGGCAUGAUCACAUGACAAAGGUUUGUAUAGAUUGGCCAACUGAUGUGUCUUCAACCAACUUCCUUCCCUGUCUCACCUUGGAACAGAGAAAUUGUUUUAUCUCUUCUUCUGUCAGUUUUCUAGUUCCUGCAUUUCAGCAUUUUUCUAUAAUCUUAUUCCUACUUACCCUCAACUACUAGUCUCUUAUUGUUAUUACUUUUUUUAAAAAAAGAAAGUCUGUUUCUUUCAAAGAUUUAGUUAAAACAGAAUGGGGAGCCCCCCUUCAGGGUAAAAAGGCUACUGUAGUGGCACAAAAAUUCUACAUGUUUCCGGAUCUCUUCGAAGUUUCCCUGGCUGACACUCUGAUAGUGGCUGCUGUAAUCUGUGCAGCGGUGUCUUAGGACUGAUACACUCCUCCUUUAAAGAUACGGUGCCAUUAUCAGCCUACCAUUUGGUCCUAGAACUUUUACCAAGAGCAUCUCUGCUUAAAGGGGAUUCUACUGUUCUCUUCUCCAGACUGCAUUUUCUUCUUCUUCCCUAUCAUUUUCCACCUUCUCUGUCUUUUGCUAGGACACGGUUUAGUAUUGGGAUGUAGGCAUAAGAGGCUGGUCAGUCUGUAAAAAUGUUUGUCAAUUGGGAUGCAGACUGUUAUGCCAAUCGGGUGGUUGCUCAAGAGUGCACAGAUCCCUCACUGGUCUUUUCAAAGGCUUUAUUAUUGGUGCAAAGCAUUUACAGUGUAGAACGCCUAAACUCCAUGUCUUCCUCAGUCACUAGCAGAAUCUGAGAGUGGGCGGUCCUUAAACUUUCCCCAACAGAGUAGUUUCUUGACCCCCACCCAACGCCUCCCCUCUCUGCGCGAAAACCUACUGCGCAGGGAAGGCUUGGGUAAAGGUGGACCUGCCUCACCCCCGCUUUGCUCAGGCACGAUGUCCUGGCUCUUUCUUGCAUCCUCCGAGCCCUGCAGCUCUUCCCCACUAGAGGCGGGACCUCCCGCCUCCGCUGAGGAAGUGCUGCUUCCCACGAUCUUUAGGGGCUCUCUGUAAUCCAGCUGCCUUUCCACCUCUCGCCACUGAGCUGAUGGCAGUUCCCUGACAUAGGCAUAAGAGGCUGGUCAGUCUGUAAAAAUGUUUGUCAUUUCAUCCUGCAGGCAAAGGCAAGAAGGGAGGACAGCUUUAUUGUAGCUGCACACCGUGGCUUGAUGGUAUGAGGGGGUUAAACCAAAGAUUUGCAGUUGGUACGGUCUUAGAGAAUUGGUCUUGCAUUUGCCCUGUUGCAUUAAGACAUGCUCUAAUUUCAAUAACAGAAUGCAGAGUGAAACAGAUUAUAAAUAUAAAAAAUCAUUACACAUACCUUUGUAAACAAACCUUUUCAAAUACUGUACAGUGUAUAAAAAACAUUGGCAAUAAAAGCUAAUCUAAAAGGAAACCGUCAUCUUGAUAAAUUCAUCUCCAUUUAAGGGCAUUUGAAACUGAUUGGUCCCAGCAGUUCUCAACCUGUGGGUCCCCAUAUGUUGUUGAACUACAACUCCCAUCAUCCCUGAGCUCUGAGCUUGCUGGCUAGGGGUGAUGGGAGUUAUAGUUCAACAACAUCUGAGGACCCACAGGUUGGGAACUGACAGGGCAGUCCAUGCUUGCUUUGGUGGGAAAAUUUCUCAGAUUUGUGGCCGUCACUGAAAAGGCUCUGCAUCGCGCUCUCUAUGUGUGUGUAUGUGUGCACAAACUGGCUUUCCCCCCUUAAUUUUUGAAAGACGGGAAGAAGUACAUGGAGAGGCAAAACGCGCACUGAGAACGAUUCUCGGCAAAAAUGAAAAGGAGAGCGGUGAUAUACAGAUGCCUUCCUUCCCAGAAAUGGUCCAGUAUAUUCAAGAGAAGGUACAGAAUUUCAACUUAACUCCUGUUGACUAGUAAUGUCUGUGCAGAAUCUAGUCAUAAUAAUGCAACAUACACAGCCCACACCAAAAAAAGAGAAUGGUGUGAAGACUGAUGCUUAAUCUUAACAAGUCUGGUGCCAUAAGCUGCCUCGAUGGCUGAACACCUGGCAAGCCUUUCUGAAGAAAGGGUGAUAAAUAAAUACCAGCCCAGUAAAUAUUAAGCAGAACCUUGAGAAAUACCAAUGAAAGACAGCUGUUUCUCUUUCUUAGUGCUUCCUGGACAGGGUACUUUGAGAUAAUUGUGUUUCUCUGCUACCUUUUGGAUACCAGCUCUGUUCCGAUACUAAUAAUAAAAAGAGCAAUUUGCAUUAGUCCUAUCGGCCACACCUCAUUUGUUAAGGUCUUCUGGGGAAGUCCUUCAUUGGGUGUCUUCUCUGUAUGUGAUUAGGCUAGAAUCCAUUUUGUUACAAACUAGUCAAGUAUGUGCUUCUGUUUUGCCUCCCUGCAAGGCUCAAAUGUUGUUGGGCGAUACAUUUUAAUUGCACAGGAAUUAGGUUAUGGUUGUUGAGUUGUUGAGCACAAGCUGCCUGGACAUCUGUUAGAUGUUUUGUUCCCCUCCUGCUUUAGGCUUCUCACAGAAUGAAAACACCUGCUAAAUAUAUGACAGGGACUACAGUCAUGCCUUUCAACCCAGCUGCUUUUGCAGAGGUAUGUGUAUCACUUUCACAAAAUUUUGUGUCCGUUCUGAUAGCUCUAACCAUAUACCUUUCUCCCACAUGAACCUGCCUGAAAUUUAAGAUUUGCGUUGAUGUCCUCUGGCUUCUCACAUUGGAUUGUUAGGUGGGAGGUGGCAUUCCUUUUGUGAAGCUCUGUUGCCCAACAGGUGAGGGAGGCACCAACUUUAUCCUUCAGAAGACAAGCUGUGUGGUUGUAUAGAGUUCUGACAUGAACAUUGCCCUGCGCAUGAUGCAGUCUAAGCUAAACAAAUUAAAGUCCUAUUGAUUCAGCUGAAUGGUUCAGCUAAUUUUAACACAUUCCCAUAGAAACAACGAGGACAACACUCUUCUGGAAUCAUACUUAGACUAACAUUUGAGCUGCAGGCUGCUUAACCAAUUUUGCAGGCGUUCGCGCCAAGGCACUAUACAAAAUGUUGUUUUUCACAGUUGCAGUUCUUGCAGAAAUGCACAUAUUGACUUUGUUUAUUUGUUUCUUUAAAAAAGAAAGAAAGAAAUGCCCGAAUUUGAGUGCUGGAAUAGUGUAGUAACCAAGAGACUUAAUUACAAUUGGGAAGUCACCAUUUGAAUCUCAGCUCAAGCUUUGAACUCACUGAGUGGCCUCACGCAAGCCACGCUGCCAGCCUCAGACUCCAUGUGCAACUCUGAGAUAAUUAUACUGACCUAUCUUACAAAGCUGAGGCAAUAUAUUUGGGGUGCUUUGAACUUUCUGAAGCUCUAUAGCAGGGGUCUGCAACCUUUAAGACAAAAAGAGCCACUUGGACCCGUUUCCGAAGAAAAAAAAAACUGGGAGCCGCAAAACUCGUCAUUAUAAAAAUAACUUUUUUGUCACUUUUUAUUAUUUCUUUGUUUGACCCCUCAGAAUUACUCCUCCUCAUAGAAAUAAACGUUAAAUUAACAAGUUACCUUUUUGUGUGUGUGUGUUCUUCACUCCCCUUCAAAACAGUGACCAGCGUACAUGCCCCCUUUCAAUGCAGUGACCAGCGUACAUGCCCCUUACAAUGUAGCGGACGGGAAGGUGACGUCGGGACGGUGCGUGACUAACGCACGCACUGCCCCCAUGCGCUGUCAAAGCCAGUACAGCGCCCGCCACAGUGGGGAGCGUCGGGGCACACAAUGCGCCUUCUCCCCUCGCUAGUAUCCGCCCCGGAGCUGCGGCAAAGGUGUAAAAGAGCCACGUGCGGCUCCGGAGCCGCAGGUUGCAGACCCCUGCUCUAUAGGAAUGCUAGCUAGUAUUACUAAAUUGGGAAUCUUGGUUCAGGGAAUGAAGCCUUCUGACCGAUAGUGAUUGUUGUUCCCAAUGCCAAGUGGCCUGUUUCCCUAACCUUUUAUCUUGUUUUCUUCUGCUGCUUAGAUCAUCCUGUACCUCCGAACGUGUCUCGCUCACAGUUCUGGUGUGGUGUGCACCUCUCAGACCUUAGCCGAAAUGCAGGAUCAUGCUCCAGCUAUUGGCCGUUACGUUAGAAACCUUCUCUCUGGACACGUCAUAACAUCCUCUUCCUCAAAGGGAGGUGAAAGCAACCCUGUGCAGAUCUAUAUAAGCCUUGUUCAGCAACUGCUGUCUGGUGUUGGAGGUGAGAAACAGCGUUUCGCGGAGGUUGAAAGAAAAGACUCCCCUUGCUAUCUUUUCCUUUCUGAUUUAAUCUAUUAAAGGUUUAAAUGAAGACGAGUACAAAAAGUGAGUAUAGAAUAAGAAGGAACCCCCAACCUCCCCUUUAAUCCAGUAAUACUAGGUCCACAUUUUGUAGUACAGUAUUGCAGUAUGAAUGCAGGAAGGGGGAAUAAAAUUAGUAAUAUAAAACAUAUUCUCUAAACUGCGGUAAUACAUAUUACAAUGCUGUUCCAGAUUGGGGCUUCAAGAGAACUCUAAUUAUACCAAAUUUAUAUAGACAAUACAACUAUCUAAUAAUAAUAAUAAUAAUAAUAAUAAUAAUAGUAUUUAUACCCUGCCCAUUUGACUGGGUUUCCCCAGCCAUUCUGGGCAGCUCCCAACAGAAUAUUAAAAAUAGAAUCACACAUUAAAAACUUCCCUAAAUAGGCCUGCCUUCAGAUAUUUUCUAGAAGUCGGAUAGUUGUUUAUUUCCUUGACAUCUGAUGUGAGGGUGUUCCACAGGGCGGGCGCCACUACCAAGAAGGCCCUCUGCCUUGCUCCCUGUAACGUCACUUCUUGCAGUGAGGGAACCGCCAGAAGGCCCUCGGAGCUGGACCUCAGGCCAUUUUGUUUACGUAGUCUGAAACCCCCUGCCAUUGGCCCCCUCCUAUAUAAAUCCGUGUUGUUACCAAAUUCAUUAAAAAGUCUUAAUGAAUGAGCACUGAAAAGGUCAGUGCAGUGACUGCUGUCAGUCACUAGGUCAGCAGCAAAUAAAUUUGCUUCCUGAAAACAUAAGAAUUGAUUUGAUCCACCAGGAGGACAAUGCUCAUGUGCUCUGGCAUUCUGUUUCCAUUGCCAGCCUGCGGUACUCAUGAGCAGGGCAUGAGAGCGGUGGGCUUUCCCAGUUGGCUGUCUCCACUGUUUGGUAUUCAGAGGUAUACCACCGUUGUACAUGGAGGUUCAAUGUAGGUAUCAUGGCUAAUACUCAUUAAUAUACCCAUUCUCCAUGAUUCUGCUUCUUCCCCCCUGCCUACAAAAAUGCAUCUUAUGUUUCUGGCCAUCAUCACAUAUUGUGGAAUUCCGUAAGUUUAAUUCCCCUUCCUUGCUUUAAACUAUCCAGGUCACGGUGUGUCUUAAAAGGCUUCUGGAUGUGUCACCUUAAGCUAGGUGUUAGGGCUGGGGAGAACAUGGAGACGUCUGACUCCUAGAGAAGAACAAGGAGUGAUUACUGUUUUUUUAUGCGUUGUCUUGUGUACGAUGCCUUUUUUAAAAAACAAAACAACUCUUUUCUAAUCUUGCCUUUCCACCCACAUAAGCAGAGUGUGACCCUUUUGUAAUUCCACUGUUCGGCAUGUCUUCCAUUUCCUCCUAAAUCCUGGGCUUUCCCCACCCCCAUCUUACAUCACUUCCUCUCAUCACAGCGACACCGGAAGUGGCAUCACUUCCAGUAUCGCGGGAUUUUGGCAGCUGUGCCACUCACUCCUCCAUCUUUCCUGCUUUCUGGUUCUGUUUGGGUGAGUCUUUGGUGGCGUGGCUUCCCAAACUGCCAUGCGGUUUUGAGAGAGUUGCAUUCAGAUUUCUGUCUUUGUUUUAAGAGAGGAAAAGGAAAUGCAAUUUGUUUUGGUUUUUUCCUUUUCUCCACAAUUCAUGAUUUUUUUAAUGCAUUACCAAAUUACCAUCUUUGGCGAUAAGCAUUUUCCAGUUUUCAGCUAUUGUGCUGUUUUGGAAUAAGCUGUUGUACAGUGGUACCUCGCAAGACGAAUGCCUCGCAAGACAAAAAACUCGCUAGACGAAAGGGUUUUUUGUUUUUUGAGCUGCUUCGCAAGACGAUUUUCGCUGUGGGCUUGCUUCGCAAGACGGAAACGUCUUGCAGGUUUGUUUCCUUUUUCUUAACACCGUUAAUACAGUUGCGACUUGACUUCGAGGAGCAACUCAUAGAACGUGUGGUAGCCUUUUUUGAGGUUUUUAAAGACUUUGGUGAUUUUUGAAGCUUUUCCAAAACUUUCCCGACACCGUGCUUCGCAAGACGAAAAAAAUCGCAAGACGACAAAACUCGCGGAACGAAUUAAUUCCGUCUUGCGAGGCACCACUGUAUCUCAAGGUGUAUCUCAGAUUGACACCUUGUGGCAUCGCUUUCUGGACUCCAGAGGCUGGCGAUCCUGUCUAGUCUCUGGGUUGCAUUUCACUCUCUUUGGCUUGGACUUGGGUGAGGUGCAUGUCAUGAAUGGUCGCAUUUGGCUUGGUUUCAGCUUCUUGCUUCACUUCAGCUGCCUGAAACAUUUAGGAGCAUCAGAAGUGACUUGCCAGCAGUGCAUGUGAAAUUUCAGCCCAUGGGUAUUGCGUUGCUCUUGGGCAGAAUGACUCUUGUGUUCUUGUAGCAUCCUGAUGUUAGAAACACCUGUUGGAGCUAUGCAUGCGAGAUGCUACACCUCAUCUUUCUGCUAGUCAUUAUGUGGUACAUUUGGCCAGCUUGAGUUCUCAAUGCUUUUAGGGGACCAGCAACACAGUCCUAACCAUAUCUAAAGGUAAAAGUAAAGGUAAAAGUAAAGGAACAACUCUGGGUUUGUGGCACUCAUCUUGCUUUACAGGCUGAGGGAGCCGGCAUUUGUCUGCAGACAGUUUUUCUGGGUCAUGUGGCCAGCAUGACUAAGCCGCUUCUGGUGCAGCGAAACACCGAAACCAGAGCAGUGCACAGAAACGCCAUUUACCUUCCCGCCGGAGCGGUACCUAUUUAUCUACUUGCACUUUUGGCGUGCUUUCGAACUGCUAGGUUAGCAGGAGCUGGGACUGAGCAACGGGAGCUCACCCUGUCGUGGGGAAUCAAACUGCCGACCUUCUCAUCGGCAAGCCCAAGAGGCUCAGUGGUUUAGACCGUAGCACCACCCGCGUCCCAGUGCCACCAAUCCUCUUGACUUCAUUGGGUCUUAAACCCAGAUCAGUGGGGUUAGGAUUGCAGCCUAAUUGACUUUUAAUUUAGUAUUCUAAGAAUCCUAGAUUUAUUUAUUUUUUAAGCAGUUCCUGACAAGUUUUCAAAUGUGAUGGCAAUUUUCUUUGAUAGGAGCUUCAGUGUUAAACGGUAAUCUUAUUUCUGCCAAAUGUUUUGACAUGCAAAGUAUACCUGUAAAAGAAAAUCAGCCUUGGUGUUGCUUUAUAUAUUUGUUUGCAAUGUUCUUGGCAUGUUUACUUUGUAGGCAGCAAAGGAGAGAGCAUACCAAAAGCUGCUGUGUAUUUGUACUGACUUUAAAUAAUAUGUCAACUUGCCACUUCUCUAUUUUUGUUUUUAUAAUACAACGUAGGUUUGCCAGUGAUGUACUGCCUGUUGGAGGUUGUUUCUGUCUAUCCUGAAAAACUAGCUGCAAGAUUUGUAGACAAAAUGGAUUGGAUAAAGGUAUGUUAAAAUACUACGAAAAUUGUGCAUUAUUUUUUUUCAGGAAAUGAUGCAUUUUGCUCCAGUUAGACAGACUCUUUUGCAUGACUCCCAAAAGAUGGAAUGUAUGUUUUCCAAGCUUGGGGCCUGGAUUUGUUGACGAUGGUUAACAUGCAACCUGUGUCACACCUGUGCUAGCCCGGUAUCUGUUUAUGGCGAGGCAUCUAUGUAAAUCACUUAGGGAUUCAUUUUAAAGGUCUGCCAUUGGGAAAUUGGUAUGGCAUUGCCCUUGAAAAUAUGAUAAUAUUAAUGUUCCAAACAAAGUAAGGAUGAAAUACAAAAGGGGAUUGUGACAAUUUCUCUUUAAAGAAGUCGUUUAAAAAUGACUUUCAAAGGCAAAAUGGUACAGUGUCCAGUUCUAGAGCAAUUAAAACAGGAAUAGAAUGGCUUCUCAGGGAUUGGGUCUGUAUUGAUUACUUAUAUUGUCCAGGCUGUCUUUAGUCUCCUUGAACUUGGUAUUUCGUCUACCUGAAUUGCACACAGGUAUGGUAUUGGAACAACUUUGUAGGUUUGGCCAAAUUCCCUCAGAAGUAAUGUUGGUGCACAGUUCUUCAAUUCUGCUUUUUUGGGGGCAUGCUUUUGCAGUUACAACUCUGGAAAAAAUGCCAUUCAGAAGUAAUAAUAAUAAUUUAUUUAUUUAUACCCCACCCAUUUGGGUGGGUUUCCCCAGCCACUCUGGGCAGCUUCCAACAAAAUAGAAAAAAUACAAUAAAACAUCAGAUACUAAAAACUUCCCUAAACAAGGCUGCCUUCAGAUGUCUUCUAAAAGUCAGUAGUUUAUUUCCUUGACAUCUGAUGAAAGAGCAUUCCACAGGGCAGGCGCCACUACCGAGAAGGCCCUCUGCCUGGUUCCCUGUAACUAGUCACUAUGUGGUACAUAUUGUCCUAAGAAGUGUCCUAAAUCAAACCUUUUAGGUCAAUUGGAUCAUUGUUUUCAUUGUUGAAAUUCUAGUGAAAUUUUUAUAUGUACUGUAACAUGGUUAAAUUGUAUAUGUAUCUUUCAUUCUUUUUUCAGAGCUUUAUGAAUACCAAUAAGGAAGAGAUGCGGGAGCUGACUGCUCUGUUUUAUUCAGUAGUAUUAUCGACAGUGUCAGAAAAUGAAUUUAAAACAUCAGUUCAGCACCUGAUAAAAACAGCAAAAGACAAUCAUGUAAGCUUAGUCCUCCUUGUCUGUUAUUCUGUGUUAACUUUUAUUAAUGACUGUGACAAUUAGUAAAGGUACUGUAGGCCCCAGAUGAUUUUCUUUUAAUCUAAAGAAGUUGAACUAACCAAUAUUUUGGAAAGCAGUGAUUUGUCUAUAAUUAAAAUAGGCAAACAAAUUGGGGGGGGGAAUCAUUUUGUUAUGCAAGUUAUGAUUUGAAAAAACAGAAUUCAUCAUGUCACUAACUUGAAUUUAAUUUAAUUGUAUGCCAGAUAUUUAAAAAUAGCCUUACAAUUCUGUGUUUGUAACAGAUAAUAUUUAUUAAAGGGUUUUAAGUGUUGUAGAAUUAAUUGAGGCUGCUGUUUUAGAUGAGUUAGAUAACCAAUAGAAAGUCAUAUCACUGCUUUUAUUUGUAUGGAGAGCUUAUGAUGCCCUGGUAUAUAUCCUUUAGUGAUUUGCAUCUGCUUUAGUAAGAUUGUUGCUUUUUAUCUGCAGAAUCUGGAAAUGCAACAUGGAUCCUUGUUGGCUCUGGGAUUUACAGUUGGACGGUAUUUGUCAAAGAGAAAAAUGAGGAUGGUGGAACUGCAUGACUUGGAAGAUCCAAAUACCAUUGUUGCCCCAGAACAAGACCAGUUGAUAAAGUCAACGACAGAAACGAUCGGUCAGUUUAUGCCUUUUGUACUUUGCCUGUAUUCUUGACUCAUUUGGUUCCAUUUCUCUAAUCUACACUGUGCGGACAAACAGGGAGCUUUGCUACAAAGCUCUCAUUACACACUAGUAAUCUUAAACCCACUACUUAGGAAUGGGCACUAUGUUUUGUUUGUUGCUUUGGCAUCAAUUCAUACCAUGAGAUUAUGUUUUGUGUUGCCUGGUUUGCACAUUGCACUAAACUAUACAGUGGUAUGAACUUGCUGGAACUUCAUCUUUCCCCAGUUAUUCUGCUGCUGCCCUGAACUAAGCCAUUAAAGGUAAAGGGACCCCUGACCAUUAGGUCCAGUCAUGGCUGACUCUGGGGUUGCGGCGCUCAUCUUGCUUUAUUGGCCGAGGGAGCCGGCGUACAGCUUCCAGGUCAUGUGGCCAUCAUGACUAAGCUGCUUCUGGUGAACCAGAGCAGCGCACGGAAAUGCCGUUUACCUUCCUGCCGGAACGGUACCUAUUUAUUCACUUGCACUUUGAUGUGCUUUCAAAAUGCUAGGUUGGCAGGAGCUGGGACCGAGCAACGGGAGCUCACCCCGUCGCAGGGAUUCGAACCGCCGACCUUCUGAUUGGCAAGUCCUAGGCUCUGUGGUUUAACCCACAGCGCCACCCGUGUCCCGAACUAAGCCAUAGUUUGGCUUAAUAUGUCAUCUGAAUUUGGGCUUGUCAUUUAGCUUUCUCUAGGCUAACCAUGAGCUUUAUAUGUCCUAUGGUUUAUGGCUCAUGAGCUAAACCACAAGCCUGGGUUUGGACAGGACACAAAGCCAAACUAUGGUUUAGCUCCGUAGAGCACAGCAGCAAAACUGAGGCUGUAGAUCUUCUCUCCCAGAACCCACGUCCCUGUGCAUUCAUGCUAAGCUAUGGUUUGGCUUAGCGUGAGGUGCAAACUAGAACCAAGGUUUCUCCAGUUGCAACCAAGAUAUCCACAUAAAAAAAUCCAGUUGGAAGAAUUCUAGAAAUGAGAAAUGUAUCAUUAUUUUUCUAGACGUGAGACUAUGAUGGUGCUCAUUAUCUGUGGCUACAAUGGUGAACUAAUUGGUGCUCCCCACUUUAUGCAAUUUCACUUAUGCGUGUGGGGGCCCAGAAUGUAACCCCCACGUAAGUGGGGGGAAGGCCUGUACCCUUAAAAUAUAAAUGGAGUGGUCCCAUGAAUACAGAAAUUAUCCUUCUGUGAUCUGAGAUACUAGAUAAAAAAGCGACUCAAGCACUGUAGAUGUAAUAUUCUUUUUAUUCAUACGCUGUUACUUCAGUUUUGGAGAUUCUGACUAAACAUGAGGAAGACCUUUCUGAUAGUAAGAGUUGUUUGACGGUGGAGCCGACUCCCUCGGAACAUGCUGACUUUCGUUUCAUUGGAGGUUUUUAAGCAGAGGUUGGAUGGCCAUCGGUCGGAGAUUCUUUAGUUGUGAUUCCUGCAUUGCAGGGGGUUGGACUAGAUGACCCUUGUAGUCCCUUCCAGCUCUACAGUUCUGUGAUUCCAGACCAGGCACCCCCAAACUCUGCCCUCCAGAAGUUUUGGGACUACAGUUCCCAUCAUCCCUGACCACUGGUCCUGUUAGCUAGGGAUGAUGGGAGUUGUAGUCCCAAAACAUCUGGAGGGCCGAGUUUGGGGGUGCCUGUACCAGGCGAAUAUUUUGACUUCGUUCUUGACGAUACCUGUUGGAGAAGACUGGAAGUCUUACUGUCUUUUAGGCCUCCUUAAAUAUUUGAAUUAUCGUCUUUUUAAAGGAGAAAUUCAGUCAUCCUGUUUGUUUUUAUUUUAGGUUCUUUUCUGGAUAGUACCUCACCCCUUUUGGCAGUAGCUGCUUGUACAGCACUGGGGGCAAUAGGCAGGAAUGCGCCUCUGCCCAUCCCAAAUGAAGGGACUGGAUUUACAAAGCUUCAUCUUGUUGAAAGUUUGCUAGCCAGAAUUCCCUCAGGCAAGGAAACUAAUAAGGUAAUGUUUUGCAACGGUUCAUUGUUUCUUUAUGCAUGUGUGUCUAUAGGUUUACUCAUGUGAGGCAGAAAAAGAAAGCCCUUCUUCUUAUGGAUAAAAGACUGACUUUUAUAAAACUUAUUGUCCAAAUAAAAAAAGGGGGGGUCAUGUUGUUAUUUUUAUUGAGAGCAAAUCAGUGGAGCAUGGCUUUAGAAUAAUCUUUUGGGUAGGCAAAUUGUAGAGCUCAUGGCAAACACACAUUUCUGUUGGCUGUUCAUGCAUCUUACAGUAUUUGCACAGGACUCAAUGUUUUGUGCAGAAUUUGUGAUCAUUCAGCUAGCUUGAUGUACUUCUGAGGUUAGGAGGUUUGUCUUCCCACCUACAUACAUAGACAGGUGUUUUUAUAAAAUUCCUUUGAUUUCUUUUAGAUGAAGGAACGAGCUAUACAAACACUGGGUUACUUUCCAGUAGGGGAUGGAAACUUCCCCCACCAGAAGCUACUCUUACAAGGAUUGAUGGAUUCUGUAGAGGUAAUGCUCUAAUGUUAUACAUUAAAUAUGAAGGGUUAAAAUUGGUAUUUAGUCAUUUGUGUCACACUUUCAAAGGGGUAUGCUUUAGCAUCUUAAAUUUUAUUCCUUUUUUUAGAUAAGUUGGUGUAGCAGGCUUGCUUUUGUAUUUGUAGAUUUUGAAUAAUAAUAAUACAACAAAAUAUUAAAAGCAAGUUAAAACAUCAAACAUUAAAAACUUCCCUAAACAGGGUUGCCUUCAGAUGUCUUCUAAAAGUCAGAUAGUUGUUUGUUUCCUUGACAUCUGAUGGGAGUCGACGACCAUUUCGCAUGGUUCCCGGCUCCUGCACCUUAUAUAAGCAUGCUCCACCUUGUUCUGCCUCGCCCUUUGAGUGGCAUGUUUUGUGACAUUUUCAGUCACUUAGAAGUUAGAGUGUCAGCACCCGAACACAGGAAUGAGUUGGCAGAUCCUUCAGAGCAGUUCAGCAAAAAAGGCACGCCUCCCUUUGCUCUCUAGAAUAGUCAGAACUUUCAUGUUGCAAAUGGAGAACUGAGCAAGUUGAAAUGUAAUUCCUGUUUUGUGUGUGUGUGUUUCUCAGGCCAAGCAAAUUGAACUGCAGUUUACUGUUGGUGAAGCUAUUACCAAUGCUGCUAUAGGAACUAGCUCUGUAGCUGCCCGGGAUGCGUGGACGGUAGCUGAAGAAGAAUAUACUCCUCCAGCUGGUAGGUUUGGGGAUAAAUGACUACUUGUGUCUGCAAUCCUUUAUCCCCCUUUUCAUCAGUUCAAUGCCAGACCAGUAUCAGUGGAAACUAAUCUCUUCUAUUCAGUUUCUCUCCCCCUUCCCUUCAGAUGCUGGCUUCAUACUCAAAUGCUUAAUAGCCACCUGGGAUUAAGCCUUUCUCCAGCCCCAUAGCCUUGUAAUAGGAUGUACAGUGGAACCUCGGGUUGCAAAUGUGAUCCAUGUGGAAGGCACGUUCGCAACCCGCAGCGCUGCGUCUGCGCACAUGUGGGUCAUGAUUAGGUGCUUCUGCACAUGCGCAAGCUCUGAAACCUGGAAGUAACCCGAUCUGGUACUUCCAGGUUCAGCGUGGUGCGCAACCCAAAACCUGAAGCGUCUGUAACCCAAGGUACCACUGUAAUAUCUUCAGUUCAUAAUUGAGAGGAGAAAAGUACCUGCAGUUAAACAUACCUGGUUUUCCAAAUUUGCGUCAAGCCUUUUUGUCUCUGCAUUUUAUUUUGAGUUUGGUCCUUUUGAAUUCUCGCUUGAUGCUGAAUGUACCUCGGCGAGCCCUUAAGCCAAGAACACUGACGCACCAAAGUCAUGAUUUAUAUCCCACUCUAACCGUAUAUAGGGUAUGUUGCAGAUUUUUCUAAGCACGAGCCUACAGGAGGUUACCUGAACUUGGACAAAAGUCCAAAAAGGGCCAAAAUGCUGAACUUCUAAUUUGAAAACAUUAAGUGCUAACCAAUGGACCAGUUUGUUUUUUCCAAAUUCUUUUGUUUGGAAUAAAUUCUCUCCCCUUCUCUGUUUGUUUAAUUAAAAUAGAUGUGAAAGUUAACGAUGUGGUUCCCUGGGUCUUGGAUGUCAUUUUGAAUAAGCACAUUGUCAGCCCCAACCCUCACAUAAGACAAGCAUCCUGCAUCUGGCUUUUAUCACUGGUGAAGAAGCUCAGCACCCACAAAGAAAUUAAGGUAUAAAGACAAAGCAAAUUUCCCCUGUCUGUCUUUCUUUCUUUCUUUCUUUCUUUCUUUCUUUCUUUUUUUUCUUUUCUUUUCUCUGUUUGGUUUUGUCAAUCUUUUGUGCUCUCUUUUCUCAUUGGCCUGGUUUGCAUGCCAUGGUAACCCAAACCAUGGUGCAGGGCAACUGCGUAGGCUCAGAUGUUUCUUUCCUAGAAGGCAACACGUUAACAUAGGGAAUGAACCUUUGUUUCCUGCAAACCAGGCUGUACCGAGUUCAUACGCAGCCUUGGAAUUUCCUGCCCUGUGAUCUACCCCCGCCCCAAUGUGCAGAUGGGUUAUUGGGCAAGGGUUUUAUUCUUCUUUAUUUUAAUGGGAGACUUUUUCAGACACUCUAGUAGGAUGAGUCUAAGAAUGUGAGAAAAAAGCUGCCUCCCCCCCCCCCUUCUUUUGCAGUCUCAUCUCAAAGAAAUCCAAACUGCAUUUGUAACUACUCUAUCCGACAGUGACGGUAAGUAGAAUUCUACUUGCUUUCCUCUUUACAUGAUUUGUUUUGCACAUCUCCAGUGUGACACCAGGGUGGCUAACAAAGUAGUAAGGGAAAAACAACAACAACAAUGUUUCAGUUGUAAAAACCCUAUAAAAUGAAUAACACAGACUAACGUUAGGGUCCCCAAACUGUUGCCCAGUGCCACCAGACACACUGACAUUCUCCUUAGUGCUGUCAAGGCUCUCCUACUGUUUUGUUUUGUUUUGGUUUGGUUUGUUUCCUUUGAACUCAAUAGGAGUUGCUACUGAGUAGAGGUGCAUUUAUUUUAUCUUUUUUUCUGGCUUUGCACUUUUAAGAAUAAGUUCAAAAAAUAAACUGGACUAUCGAAAUUGGGCGCUUUUUUUUUAAGCAUAGCCUUUUUGGAAUUCAGAUUAUAACCUAAUUUUUGUUUAUUACUAUUUUUGCUACAAAUAUUGAUACAAGUAGAAAAGCAUUAUCCAAACUGUUAUUCUUAAAUGCAGCCUUGUAUAUUUGUUUCCAUCCCAUGUAACAGUAAAGUUUAUCGUUUAGCAAUGCAGUGAAGUAAAGCAGCUACUGAAUAUGAACAGAGAGUGGAAAUUAAAAAUAUAGACUGCUACUGACAUGCUGGUUUCAGAAAAUUAGUGCUGUGAGAUAGAUAAAGUGAUACUUUCUGUUGGAUCAAUGUGUAAAGCAGAGACUCUAACUGAUCACCAUGACCAGAACAAUGGGCAGGGGGAGAAGUUUGUGCACAGUAAACAACGCUCUCAAAGUUUUUACUACUAUUGUACCUAGCUAAGCAGGCAGCCACAGGACAUGCAAUGUUCCCAUUCCCCCUGCUGUUCUCCAUUUGGCAGUCUAGAUCCUAAGGCACUGUCCUCUCCAGUACAGUCGUACCUUGGAUCCCAAACGCCUUGGUACUCAGACGUUUUGGCUCCCAAAUGCCACAAACCCGGAAGUGACUGUUCGGUUUGUGAACGUUCUUUGGAAGCCGAAUUUCUGACGCGGUUUCCGCGGCUUUUGAUUGGCUGCAGGAGCUUCCUGCAGCCAAUCAGAAGCGGCAGUUUGGUUUCUAAACAUUUGGGAGGUCGAACGGACUUCUGGAACGGAUUCCACUCGACUUCCGAGGUACGACUGUAAAGGUAAAGGGUAAAGGGACCCCUGACCAUUAGGUCCAGUCGUGGCCAACUCUGGGGUUGCGGCGCUCAUCUCGCUUUAUUGGCCAAGGGAGCCGGUGUACAGCUUCCGGGUCAUGUGGCCAGCAUGACUAAGCUGCUUCUGGCGAACCAGAGCAGCACACGGAAACGCCGUUUACCUUCCCUCCGGAGUGGUACCUAUUUAUCUACUUGCACUUUGACGUGCUUUCAAACUGCUAGGUUGGCAGGAGCAGGGACCGAGCAACGGGAGCUCACCCCGUCGCGGGGAUUCAAAUCGCCAACCUUCUGAUCGGCAAGUCCUAGGCUCUGUGCUUUAACCCACAGUGCCACUCGCGUCCCUCUGUAGUUAUCCCCAAAGCCUUACACCGUGCAUGCCCUUCUCCUCCAGAAUGCACUAUGGCAUUCUGGAAUUGCAAUCCAAGUGUGCAAAGGCUUUUUCCCGCAAUCUUCUAUCAUGUGCCAGAAGCACAGUGGGGAAUUGUCAUGCAUCAAGGCAACAUUCCUUUGCAUGAGAGAGGACUCACCAUAAUUUGUAGGGCUUCAGACUGUCCAGCCUGAUUUUCUGGAUCACGAUGAUAGCUAGUUCAAGGUUGUGGUGGUGUUUCAAACAGCUCGUUUGCAGAGCUUCUGUACUUUUUAUCAGUGUGAAGCAUAUCUUAAUGUCAUCAUCAUUUUGCUAGAGCUCUAAUUCUUAUUCCCUAUUCAUACGAUUUUGUUUUCUGUUUCUUGAAGAACUCAGUCAAGAUGUUGCUUCCAAAGGCCUCGGUUUGGUGUAUGAGCUUGGGAGUGAGCAAGACCAGCAGGAGCUGGUUACUACUCUUGUGGAAACUCUUAUGACUGGGAGAAGGUACUUGUUUGCACCUCGUUGUGUGUGGGAUCCGUGUCAGAGAAGAGGAGAGUGUGGUUUAAGAGACAAAGCUUUGAAAAUAAGGGACUUAAAUAUAAAGAGUGGUAUUCCAGUAAGUUUUACUUAGAGUAAGACCCAUUGAAAUUAAAUAACUUGAUUAAGUUAGGUCCAUUAAUUUCAAAAGGAUUACACUGAGUAAAACAUGGUUGAAUACCAGCCACAGAUAGGGUGCUAGCUGGUGUUUUUGAAAGGAAGACCUGAAGCCCCUUUGCCUACAUUUGCUGUAUUUGCUAAAGGGAGGGCACCAUUUGUGAAUCAUGAGUGUGAAAUAUUUCACUUAAACUCCCGGGUAUGUUUGGGACAUGCUGGUUAUCCACCAUACGCUUAUUAGAGACUGCAAUUUGGAUUGAAUGUGGGCUUCCUUGGUGUAAAACCUUUUUGCACGGUGGCCCAAUCCUAAAUGUGAAAAUUCUGGUCUGGGUAUAGAGGUCAGGACUGAAUGACCUUGUAGCUCCCUCUAUCCAGGCAGUGGCGUGAUUAUGAGCUCAUUUAUAACAUUUGUACAAGUUGGUGUAUUCAAUGUACAUGCUGCAGACCCAAGUCUUAUCAGAAUAACUAAAAUACCGCCAAUCAUGUGGGGCAGAAUUCAGAUAAUAAUAAUAAUAAUAAUAAUAAUAAUAAUAAUAAUUUGUAUCCCGGCCGAAGCCGGGCUCAGAACAGCCAACAUCAUAAAAACAAUAUGCAUAAAACAGACAUCAAUUAAUUAAAAUACAUCUUAAAAUUAAUUCAGACAAGUUAAAAUCUAGGCAGGUGGCAAUUAUCAGGUUGGAAUUGAGAGUGGUUGAUACUUGCCAAGGCCAACUCUUUCCACUGAUCAUACAAGGACCUGUGAGCAGGUUGGGUGGGUUGUCGGACGAACAGACUUUCAAGCAUUUUCAAAACUGUCUUGUGCACACAAUCUGAUACAUGAGAGAGGGGACUCACAGAUGCAGGGUGCAUUAGUUUUUUAUCCUCAUCUUCCUUCCUCACUUUGACAGGUGGGUGCACCACUUCACUCUGCCUGACAGGUGAAAGUGAAGUGGGAGUCCUUGAAAGCGAAUGUGAUCUAUUGUCCAUUACACAUGCCCGCUUUCAUGAUAGGUUCUUUUGUAUGCUCAGAGCUGGUACUGUUUUGCUGGUACCAAGAGUCCUAUGUAGUUCGUAGCCCUGUUCAGGUUUUCUAAGCAGCUCACAUAACGGGGGUGUUCAUGGACAGGUACACAGUCCCUGCCCUUGCUAUUGCACAUCAUCCUCCACAAGUAGGAAGAAUAACUUCUGAAGCAGUGAGUUUUUAACCACGCAAGCUUCCCGUGGAAUUUGGAACCUUGGAAAAUCAGGUUCUAAAUCAGGUGGGGGAUUUGCACGUGUUGAGAAGACGCGCCCCCCCACUGCCAAAGUGACCCCCCUACUUUAUGGAGAGCGAUGGGAAUGGGAGCGGAAGAGCUGAUGUGCUCACUCCUACUUGCUUCGUCAUCACGUGAUGGAUUUCAAACACUUGAAUAGUUCUCUUAUCUUUUAAGGGUUUGGUUUUUUUUAGAACUAUAAAAGCAUCCUUUUUUCCCAGAGCCAGGCAUGAAGUGACUGGGGAGACGGUGAUGUUCCAGGGAUCAGGCCUCGGCAAGACUCCAGAUGGGUAAGCUCAUUGACUAAUGGUAAUGUUUGGACUCUGAAAAAGGCUUCCUUGGGUGUGCCCCCCCCCCCCGCUUUUUUCUCUAGAACAUGGGCAGGCAAACAAAGGCCCAGGGGCCCGAUCCGGCCCAUCGCCUUCUAAAUCCGGCCCACGGAUGGUCCGGGAAUCAGCAUGUUUUUACAUGAGUAGAAUGUGUCCUUUUAUUUAAAAUGCAUCUCUGAGUUAUUUGUGGGGCUUGCCUGGGUGUUCUUACAUGAGUAGAAUGUGUGCUUUUAUUUAACAAGCAUCUCUGGGUUAUUUGUGGGGCAUAGGAAUUCGUUCAUUCCCCCCCAAUAUAUAGUCCGGCCCCCCACAAGGUCUGAGGGACAGUGGACUGGCCCCCUGCUGAAAAAGUUUGCUGACUCCUGCUCUAGGACUAUGAAUACACUAAAUCUGAAGGUGUUGGUGUCCUCAUUCAGUUUUAUCGGGAAGUUUUCCCAUUUAAGAGUUUUGAAAAAGUACUCUGCUGUCCAAUAGCUGUUAUUUAAAUCGACCCCAGAAUGCAACUUUGACAAUAUAAAAGUCCCAUUUCCUUGUAAUUUUUCCUAGUGGAGGGUUUUUUGUUUUUUUUUUAAAAGCGGCAUUAAUUUUUCAUUCCUGUUUUCCCAAGCCAGGGUCUUUCUACUUACCAGGAGCUUUGUUCGCUCGCUAGCGACCUCAACCAGCCGGACUUGGUGUACAAGUUCAUGAAUUUGGCCAAUCACCAUGCAAUGUGGAACUCUCGGAAGGUAAUUGCAUUUAAGACUACUCAAAGUCUGAAUGGUGGAACAGAACAAAAGAAAAGCCUGUAAUAAGGUGCACAUUCCGGGUCACGUUGUAGGAAGUUGUUCCCCUUUUUUGAACUGUGACCUGAAACCCAGCAUUGUAGAAUCUUAAAAAAAUUAGAAGGGAUAAGAACAUAAGAAGACUUUCUGCUGGAUUAGACUAGUAGCUCUUCUAGCCCAGAAUCCGGUUCUCAGCAGCCAACCAGGUGCCUAUGGGAAGCUCAAAAGCAGGACAAGGGCUCAGAAUAUAGGGAUCAUUGGUUCUUGCAACCACCGAUAAAAACUUUGCCACUGCUAAUGUUCUAGUGUUUGUCCAGUCUUCCAGUAGGAACCUGACAUAGUGAGCCUCUGAUUUUCCUGGGAAAGGUACCAGCAAGGGUAGUAUCAGUUCAGCCCUGGCUUGCUCAUAUUUUGCACAGUGCAACAAAAUAUGUUUUAUGGAAUCAAUGUCUUCAGCACAUGAGCAAAGUCUGUCCUGGUAGGGAACUCCUCUCAACCUGCCAUCCAACACUGCAGAAGGAAAGACGUUUAGACUUUCGACUGACUUCAGGUCCAGUGUUGGACCAUUUCGAUCGGAUACUCCCUACUGAUGUGGAUAGAUUCCUCCAAGUUGGUAGGCCCACCACCUGCCUCCUUGAUCCGUGCCCGUCUUGGCUGAUUAGGGAGUGUCCAGAUGUUGCACGGACCCCCCUGGUUGAAAUUAUCAAUUUGUCGCUUGACACGGGGACAUUCCCAGGGGAACUGAAGGAAGCAGUGGUGUGUCCACUCUUAAAGAAAACUUCAUUAGAUCCCUUAGACCUAUCCAAUUACUGCCCAGUUUCAAAUCUUCCAUACCUGGGUAAGGUAAUUGAGAGAGCGGUUGCUGAACAGCUUGGUAGGUUUCUGGAGGAAACAUCGGCAUUAGAACCAUUUCAGUCCGGUUUCCGUCCUGGUUUUCGGACGGAGACGGCUCUGGUUGCCCUAACAGAUGAUCUCCGUAGACAACUGGAUCGAGGCGGGUCAGGACUGCUGAUCCUUUUAGAUUUGUCAGCAGCCUUUGACAUGGUCGAUCAUGAUCUUCUGGACCACCGCCUCGCAGACGUGGGGAUACAGGGCAUAGCCCGUAACUGGUUGUGCUCUUUUAUCUCUGGUCGGGGACAGAGGGUGGCACUAGGGAGGGAAAUGUCGUCGCGCUACUCCUUGGUGUGUGGAGUGUGCAGGGCGCAAUUUUCUCCCUGAUGCUUUUUAACAGCUUUAUGCGCCCCCUUGCCCAGAUUAUCCAGAGCUUUGGGCUGGGCUGUCACCAAUAUGCUGAUGACACUCAGCUCUAUCUGCUGAUGGAUGGCCACACCGACUCGGCCCCGAACACACUGACCAGAUGCUUGGAAGCUGUGGCUGGAUGGUUUCAUGGGAGCCGAUUGAAACUAAAUCCUUCGAAGACAGAGGUCCUAUGGCUAGGUCGGGAUGGCAUGGGGAUGAGGGACCAACUCCCUUCUCUUGCGGGGGGCCCAAUUAGUGCCAUUGCCUUCCGUUAAGAGUUUGGGUGUAAUCCUUGACGCCUCCCUUUCCAUGGAGGCGCAAGUUACAGCAACAGCCAAGGCGACAUUUUUCCACCCUCGUCGCAUCAAGCAGUUGGUCCCUUACCUUUCCCGCCCUGACCUGGCCACAGUGAUCCAUGCGACGGUCAUCUCCAGGCUUGACUACUGUAAUUCGCUCUAUGCGGGGCUGCCCUUGAAGCUGUCCCAGAAACUCCAGUGGGUACAGAAUGCUGCAGUGAGGCUCCUCACGGGGUCUCUGCCAUGGGAGCAUAUUCACCCAGUGCUUUUCAAGCUGCACUGGCUCCCGGUGGAGUACAGGGUCAGAUUUAAGGUGCUGCUUUUGACCUUUAAAGCCCUUCACGGCCUAGGACUCUCGUACCUACGGGACCGCCUCUUCUGGUAUGCCCCACGGAGAGCCUCAAGGUCCAUAAAUAACAAUACCCUAGUGGUCCCAGGCCCUAAGGAAGUUAGAUUGGCUUCAACCAGAGCCAGGGCCUUUUCAACUCUGGCUCCGGCCUGGUGGAAUGCUCUGCCUCACGAGACCAGGGCCCUGCAGGAUCUGAUUUCUUUCCGCAGGGCCUGUAAGACAGAGUUGUUCUGCCUGGCCUUUGGCUUGGAGCCAGUUUGAUUCCCUCCCUCCCUCCCUCUCUUUCUUUUUUCUUUUCCUUCUCCUCCUGUGAUGAGGCUACAUUUUAAUAUUUUAAUGUUCCAUUAUUUUAAUGUUGUAUUUUAUUUUUGUUUUUAAGUUGUAAUCAUUCAUCUUGUUUUUAUUAUUGCUUGUAAGCUGCUCUGAGCCUGGCCUUGGCUGGGGAGGGCGGGGUAUAAAUUAUUAUUAUUAUUAUUAUUAUUAUAAUAGUCUGGCUUUGGUGAAAAGCCUUCGAUAGUUUGGUACUGUCAGGUUUUAAAUGUAAGAUGUUAACUUUAUAUAAAUAUUUUCAGUAAUUCAUUUUUAAUUUAAAGAAAAUUAAAAAUGAAACAUAAAAUAAAUACUAUUUAAUACUGGCCUCAGCCCAGUAUACCUGAAGGAGCGUCUCCACCCCCAUCGUUCUGCUCGGACGCUGAGGUCCAGCGCCGAGGGCCUUCUGGUGGUUCCCUCCCUGCGAGAAGUGAGGCUACACGGAACCAGGCAGAGGGCCUUCUCGGUGGUGGCACCUGCUCUGUGGAACGUCCUCCCUUCAGAUUUCAAGGAAAUAAACAACUAUCUGACUUUUAGAAGACAUCAGAAGGCAGCCCUGUUUAGGGAAGUUUUUAAUGUUUGAUGUUUUAUUGUGUUUUUAAUAUUCUGUUGGGAGCCGGCCAGAGUGGCUGGGGCAAUGCAGUCAGAUGGGUGGGGAGCAACAUAAAAAUUACAAUUGGUCGUAGCAUUAGUAUUAUUAAGAUGGAGGUAUUUAAGUUAUUGGCUUUAACCGUAUUUUUUUUGUUUUCUCAGGGAGCUGCUUUUGGUUUUAAUGUGAUCGCAACCAAAGCUGGGGAACAGCUCGCCCCUUUUCUCCCCCAGCUUCUUCCUCGUCUUUAUCGUUACCAGUUUGACCCCAAUCUAGGGAUCCGGCAGGCUAUGACGAGCAUUUGGAAUGCGCUUGUGACAGACAAAUCUGCAGUAAGUAAUGGAAAGCCAUUCUCUAUCCCUUCUUUUUGUGAUGGUUCUGGCAACUCAUCACAUGUAAAAGAGUUUUAGCUAGCUGGAUAUUCUUUUAAAUGGGCAAGACACUAAGAAAAUAGUCCGUGACGAGAUCAGAUAAGGCACACUUUGCUAGAUGCGUGCGUACACACGCAUACUGUGCAUAGUACAGGAAAAAGCAUUUCUGGAUACAGUGGUACCUCGGGUUACAUACGCUUCAGGUUACAUACACUUCAGGUUACAGAGUCCGCUAACCCAGAAAUAGUACCUCAGGUUAAGAACUUUGCUUCAAGAUGAGAACAGAAAUCGUGCUCCAGCGGCAUGGUGGUAGCGGGAGGCCCCAUUAGCUAAAGUGGUGCUUCAGGUUAAGAACAGUUUCAGGUUAAGAACGGACCUCCGGAACGAAUUAAGUACUUAACCCGAGGUACCACUGUGUAGGGAAGCUGUUAAUGUUUACAGUUCAUUUUCAUUUGAUCAGGUGGACAAAUAUAUGAAAGAAAUCCUUGAUGAUUUAAUAAGCAACUUGACCAGUAACAUGUGGCGGAUCCGAGAGUCCAGGUAUGUCUUUCUGAAACCAUUUGUCUGCCAUGUAAAUAAAAAGUUUGGUGCUUUUGGAAGGUUCAGGGCUCGACUUGUAGAUUUCCAGCAUUGGAUGAUUUAUUUGUUUUUUAAACUCUGAGCAACAGGCAGGAGGAAUAAAGGAAUUUGCUGUUAAAUUUGCAUCACUCAUAAGCACCACAUAAGCACCUGCUAUCCUAAAGCCUCUUUUUGUAGAGGGAAGGGAGUUUUAAAAUAGGAAUGAAAUAUAUUUGAAGAGAUUUGGGGGGCUAGAUGAGAUUUUUUCCCCAAUGAAAUUAAGAGGUCUUUUCCUCAUAGGCAUUACUGUUUGGAAAAUGAUCCUUCUAAGUUUUCUUUCUUUCUUAAUAUUAUUGGUUUUGAGAAACUUGGUGUUAAUAAAGUAUAAUGACUAAGCUCUUGCCAUAGCUGUCUAGCAUUGAAUGAUUUGCUAAGAGGAAGACCCUUGGACGACAUUAUUCAUAAACUUCCAGAAAUAUGGGAAACUCUCUUUAGAGUGCAAGAUGACAUAAAGGUACUAAAGCUUUUUACGUGUCUAGUAUAAAUUGUUCCAUUUCUACAGGACAUAAAAACAGGCUUUCACAAACAGUUUGCUCGUAAGGACUUGGACGUUUCCUUUUUCCAACUGGAAUCACUGGGAGAAUUCCAGCUGGUUCUUGGUGUCAGUCAAGCUCAGAUCCGCUGUUAGAAUUUGCUUUUCCCCAAAUAUAGUGUGAUGUUGCGUAGAAGACCUGUUCCUCCACUCCACAGCGAGCGCAAAUUUUGGGUGAUUUUCAAGGCCUAUGAAACAAAAACCACAAAGAAUCUUAAUAAAAGCAACACUUUUCAGGGAUAUUUACUGCACAUACUAUUUCUAGUUAUCUGAGGAUACAGUUUUGAGGGUACAACGUAUCAGAGCUUACGUCUUAACUUUUGAAGCAUCUUCGUAUUAUUGGUAAACAGGGCUUGUCUCCAAUUACAUUCAUUAAUUUUUUUAAGUUUGGUAGAUCCAGGGUCAAGCUACCCUGGACAGAUUAAGUGAGAAGAUCAGAAGGCGUUCUCAGUAGUGGCACCCACCCUGUGGAAUGCCCUCCCAUCAGAUGUUAAGGAGAUGAGUAUUAUAUAACAUUUAGGAAACUCCUGAAGGCAGCCCUGUAUAGGGAAGCCUUUUAAGGUUUAAUGUUUUGCUAUGUUUUUAUAUAUACUGGAAGCCUCCCAGAGUGGCUGGGGCAAACCAGUCAGAUGUGCGGGGUACAAAUGAUAAAUUAUUAUUUUUAUUUUGAUCUCUGUAUUUUUAAUUUUGUACAUUAAUAAGGGUGGUAUCAUCAAACGUAAUCAGUUGUGGCAAUAUAGCAGGGAGGGGGCUUAAACCUUUCCAUCCUGUUUUAAAUUCCCCUCACCCCAGGUUGCCAUUGGAACCAGAGGCCUGUAAUUUUUCCACUGUGAAGCUUAACAGCUUGCAGCAUCCCCUUCCUUCCCCGCUCCUCCCCUCUCCACCACAGUUAGUCUUGCAAAGAGUAUAAAGGGCAUUCUGCUGGAGGCAAUGCGAUCUUCUUUCAAGCCUAGUUGUGAUGGUGGUUACAGCUGGGACAGAAAUGAUCUUGGCAUGUACAGUGACACUCGCCUCUUCCAGGCCAAAAAACACUUUUGCUCACUGUAAUUAAGCUGGGGUGGGGAGCAUAUUGGCUUGAGUAUACAAUUUGCCCCCUAUUAGCCUAAUGGUUGCUGUAGGGCAGGAUGUGAUUUUCCUGGAAAGGGAAGAGUUAAGACUUCCUCCCUAGGUUCUUGGGAGACCAGGAUAAUCAUUCCCCUCUAGCAUUUAGGCUUGCAAAACAGCCAGAUUUCUUUUUCAAGCCGAAGUGCUGGAGUGAGCCGGAGAAGAUUGUGGGUGGGUGGGGGGUUGUGUGGGGGGCCACACCCCCUUUCCCUUGCUGCUGAUACGUGAUGCCCAGAGAGUUGACCAAGAGGAAAUGUGACACUCGCCCCCCCCCCAAAGGUUCUUCACUCCUGCCCUACUGAAUCUCACUAAGUUUUGUACUCAUACCAUAGAUGGUUAGUGAGCUUGAUCCUGUAGUGUGCCUGUGUCUUACCUGUCUGUGCUGUGUGCAGCAGAGUUGUUACCGUAUUUUUCGCUCUAUAAGACGCACUUUUCCCUCCUAAAAAGUAAGGGCAAGUGUGUGUGUGCCUUAUGGAGCGAAUGCAGGCUGCGCAGCUUUCGCUGAAGCCAGGAGAGCAAGAGAUAUCAGUGCGCAUCGAUCCCUCUUGCUCUCCUGGCUUCACUUCGCUGGAGAGGCGCUGCGCAGCUUUCCCUCUUGGCGCAGCGCCCCUUAAGCGAAGUGGGAGGAGAAAUGGAAGGGGCUCCAUUUCUCCUCCUGCUUCCGUUUCUCCUCCCGCUUUGCUGUAGAGGCGCUGAGCAAAGAGGGAGGGAAUAUUUUUUUCUUGUUCCCCUCUAAAACUAGGUGCAUCUUAUGGUCGGGUGCAUCUUAUAGAGCGAAAAAUACGGUAACACCUGAACUCUACAUGCAAGCCCUUAUUUUUGCCCUAUGGGGCAUCUCCCAUACUGAUUCAGGUAAUACGGUUCCCAAAAUGAGCAACUCAAGUUAGGACAAAAACAUCAGGAUGAAAUCCCUCUGUGGUUCAUAGUGACUUAAAUUACAUUGAACAGCUUAAAAUCAAAAACUUUCCCCCCUACCCCCCCUUAUGUUUUCUUUUGCAGGAAUCUGUACGGAAGGCAGCAGAGUUAGCCCUGAAAACAUUAAGUAAGGUAAAUUUUCAUUGAAUCUGCAUGGACCAAAGCCAUUCCACUGACCUGCAGAAUUUCCCCUCCCAUCACAACCUGACCCCAUGUAUUCUUGGUUGAGGCUUCUUAACAUUCAUCACAGCAACACACAUGUUCAUUCAAGGGGCAGAGCUUGCGGAGGGUUAUACUGGAGUGUCUUCUUUUUAUUUUGAGGUGUGUGUGAAGAUGUGCGACCCGUCCAAAGGAGCAGCAGGCCAGAGAACAAUAGCUGUCCUGUUGCCAUGCCUGCUUGAUAAAGGAAUGAUGAAUACUGUGACUGAAGUGCGGACUCUCAGGUGCGUUCUCACAUUUUCCCAUUCUCCCCAAUUGAAUACCUUGAGUAUAUUCAGCCAAAGAAUCUUACUUCUGGCCUCCAUAUGUUCUUAACUGAGAUGAAAUGGACAACUCCAUCUAUUGAUAUACUUGGGGGAAGACAUUUCUGCACUGUUGUUGUUGGCAUCUGUCUGUCUCAGGAGACAGUGGAAGAGUAUGCCUUUGGGGGUAUGCCUUUUCUUUCAUCCUUAUUCUCUGUACCUUUUGCUAUAGCAUUAACACCUUGGUGAAGAUCAGUAAAAGUGCCGGGGCCAUGCUCAAGCCACAUGCACCCAAGCUCAUCCCAGCUUUGUUGGAGUCUCUGAGUGUGCUGGAACCCCAGGUCCUCAAUUACUUGAGUCUUCGUGCUACGGAGCAGGAAAAGGUACCGUAUUUUUCGCUCUAUAACACGCACCUGACCAUAACACGCACAUAGUUUUUAGAGGUGGAAAACAAGAAAAAAAAAUUCUGAAUGAAACAGUGGAUGUGGCCACAGUCAUGUGAUUUGAUGGUGAGUUUGGGGUAGCCCAAUGCAAAAAUCCUGAGAAUCCAUGUGGAUCUGUGCUUUGUAACCAUGUUUUUGCACCGUUGUGGCCCCAGGCAACAGCGGGUGCGUGGGUUUUUUUGGUGCAGGCUGUAGCCAUGGACAUGCUAUGUGAUCUGAUGGUGAAUUUGGGGUGACCCAAUGCAAAGAUCCUGAGGAUCCAUGUGGAUCCGUGCUUUGUAACCACGUUUUUGCACCAUUGCAGCCCCAGGCAACAGUGGGUGCGUGAUUUUUUGGGGGCAGGCUGUAGCCAUGGACAUGUAAUGUGAUCUGAUGGUGAAUUUGGGGUGACCCAAUGCAAAGAUCCCAAGGAUCCAUGUGGAUCCGUGCUUUGUAACCACGUUUUAAGUGGGGAGGGAAAGAAAAACACAGAAGGGACAAGGAACACGAGAGGGGUGUGCGGAGAAGCAAAUACACAUAUAUAAGCAAAUGGACAUCAGUGUUUAUGUGUUAAAAGCUUUUGCGGCUAUGGAGGAAUGAGAUGGUGGAUUUAAUGGAAUUAAACAUUGUAAUGCAUUUUAUUUUUAAAAUGCCACUUUUAUUUGAAAGGAUAUUGAACCUGUGCCUCUCCCAGGUGUUGCAGGACUACAAUUCCUAUCAUCCCUCACCAUUGGGCAUGCUCGCUGGGUCUGAUGGGAGUUCAACAUCUGGAGGACCACAGGUUCCCCACCCCAAGUUAAAAUAUAAAUCUCAGGUUAACUAAACAAGUGAAAUCUUGAGUACAGUCAAAUCCUCCUCCUGCUCAUGGGACUUUUGUUCCUCUGACUCUCCAGACGCUUUUAAUAUUACCCUUCUUGCUUCUUGCUUGGUAACCAUAUACACCUUCUGUUUUCUCUUGCUGCUUUCCUAACUUCAGAUUCUGGUUAUACACAUUUUUCCCCCCUCUGUGUCCUUCAGGCGGCAAUGGAUAGCGCAAGACUCAGUGCUGCUAAAUCCUCCCCCAUGAUGGAGACCAUCAACAUGGUAGGUAACUCAUGUUCACUUAAGAAUCAUAGAAUCUUAGAGUUGCAAAGGACCCUGAAGGUCAUCUCUUCCAACCCCCAGACAAUGCAGGAAUCUUGAUCUGAUCAAAUAUGACAGAUGGCCCUCCAACCUCUGGUUUCAAACCUCCCAAGGAAGGAGAGCCCACCACCACUUGUGGGAGUCUGUUCCACUGUUGGAACAACUCUUACUGCCAGAAAAAUCUUCCUGAUGUUUAGUCAGAGUUACCUUUCCUGUAACGAAUCCAUCAGUUCAGGCCCUAGCCUCUGGAGCAGGAGAAAAUAAGAUUGCUCCAUCCUCUAUGUGGUGGCCCUUUAGAUGUUUGAAGAGGGCUAUCAUAUCUCCUCUGUACCAGGCUAAACAUACCCAGUUCUCUCAGCUUAUAAAACUUGGUUUCCAGGCCCUUGAUCAUCUGAGUCUCCCUCCUUAGCACACAGCUCUCCCUUUCCUAUUCUGCAGGUGAUCAGUUAUCAGCCGGGUUGCCCGUCGCAGGUAUAGCACAGCACAACUAGAUUGUCCCUAAGCCUUCUGGUGAUGCGCUAGCAAGUAGCUUAUGAACAGCAUUUUUUAAUAAUGGCACCAGCAUUCUUUACUAAUGGCUCCAGUCUUGUCAGUCUUUUGAUUUUCACCUUUUUAUUUUUACUUUCUAUAGUGCUUACAGUAUUUGGAUGUUUCUGUUCUGGGUGAAUUGGUUCCCAGGCUGUGCGAACUGACUAGAAGUGGACUAGGCAUCGGCACCAAGGUAUAAUUAUUUCUCUAGGAGGGUGUUUUGCAAGGAGGACAGAGAUGGAAAACACAGACUAAAUGGCCAGGAAGAUAUGUAUUGUGCCUGCCAUAUAUCUCUGUGACCGUUUGAUCUUAAGAUGCGAUAAUGAGCUGAGCCCUGAGGUGGGGCAGCAACUGUCGAUGUGAAGAAAGGCACAUGGACAUGUGUACACGUGUGUGUGUGUGUGUGUGUGUGUGUGUGUGUAUGUGUGUGUGUGUGAGAGAGAGAGAGAGUGCAAUCCAACCCCUCCAUUGUGCAUAGAUUCUCCAAAGUUUCAGGUACCUUGGGUGAAUAUAGGAACUGCAAGUACCAUUAGAAUGAAUGACUGUCCGCCCAAUCCUAUGCAUAUUUACCGUAUUUUUUGCUCUAUAAGACUCAUUUUUUCCCUCCUAAAAAGUAAGGGGAAAUGUGUGUGCGUCUUAUGAAGCGAAUGAAGGCUGCACAGCUAUCCAAGAAGCCAGAACAGCAAGAGGGAUCGCUGCUUUCACUGCGCAGCGAUCCCUCUUGCUGUUCUGGCUUCUGAGAUUCAGAAUUAUUUUUUUCUUGUUUUCCUCCUCCAAAAACUAGGUGCGUCUUGUGGUCUGGUGCGUCUUAUAGAGCGAAAAAUACGGUAUUUCAAAAUAUAUGUUCCGAUGAAUUCAGUGGGUCUUAUUUCCAAGCAAUUUAUUUAUUUCUUUAACAACAUUUUGCAUAAAUAAGUUAAUAAAGUAAACUGUAAACUGUAAAGUAACUGUAAACAAGUUAAUAAAGAAUAUAAUAUGUGCGUUAAAAUUGUCGAUGAAAAUUGGCUUCAAACCAAGUUUUUUAAAAAGCAAAAUGAAUGAAACCCAACAGUCAAAAGUAUGCUUUCUAAGCUGAAGGUAAAUAUUAAAAUGCACAUCAGCUUCCCAUGACUGGUACAUGUGCAUAGGCUUGUAACCUGUAUCUCACCCAGCAGAGUAAGAUCAUAACUGGAUUUUGCUUUUCAAUCUUUUCAGGGCGGUUGUGCUAGUGUAAUUGUAUCACUGACCACUCAGUGUCCUCAAGACUUGACACCGUAUUCAGGUGGGUGUGCCCCCCCCCCCCGCUUACAUUUUGGUUGUUUUUUGUAUUCCUUUGUUUCUUAACGAGAAGCACAUUUCCUAAUUAUAGACACAUUAGUCAUCUGUGCUUGAAUAAUCUGGUUUUAACAAAGAUGGCGUUUAGGUUGGGAUAGUGGGCAGCUCUGCUGCUACCUGAAAGGUAUGGUAGCUUGACUGUCACAUUGGUAUCAGGUGUCUUGACUGUUUCACUGCGUUCCUGGGAGAUGUGAACCUUGAGUGCUGUAGUCUCUAAUCUGUCCUCCUUCAGCAGUGUUAAUAACAAGAGAGGCUUUGUCACAGCCUUUCCCUAAAUCUUGUGCGUGUGCCAAGGGAGAUGGCAGUGAGCAGCUGAGAUUCCUGAAGGGAGGGCUCUGCUGUAGCCUCAGUUGUUUUGCAUUGUGUGAAAUGGGAUUAAAGCAGGGGUCGGCAACCUAAGGCCCAUGCGCCACAAGUGGCCCACGGGGGGGUCGUUUAACCGGCCCAUGAGCCGCUCCCGAACGAAGCCGCCCGCUCAGCGAGUCCCUGCGCGCUGUGCUAUACCAGUGCGGUGUGGAGACUUUCUUUUGCUGUCCGGAAAGUCGCAUCUGCACAGAUGCAGACGCCGAAAUUGCAGGCAUGUGCGUGAUCCAGCACACAGAGGAAUCUCCGCUGGAGUGAACUGGCCCAGGCAAGGUCAACCUUGCCAACACCUGGAUUAAAGAGCCCUUUUGCCUGGGCUGCAGUUUAUGUGGGACUGACUCAGUGAACAGAGAGUCAUCCUGGCCUUUCAGUCCUUCCCCAUAUUAAAAACAUCACUGCAAACAAAUAAAAAUUAUUUAAAAAUAAAUCACUGAAAACGAAUGGUGUAAAAGUGUGAUUGGGGAAAGGGAUGCUUCUAUAAUAUAGAACUAGCCAGCUCUUGUUUCUGCUUUGUGUGUUUUUAUAUUGAAGCAUUUUAAAUAAAAAGCAGUAAGCACUCUGUGGAUUAGCCUAAUGUAGGGACAGGGAAUUUUUUGGGCUGCGUAAACCAGAUCUUUACCUGGCCCCCACCCCAGUGGGCCGACUUUGGCAGCUGGGUGGCACAACCCAGCUGUCAAUCACAAGGUGCCAUUAUGACAUCACACGAUCGGCAGGUGUCAGUCUCACCAACCGGUCAGUCCUUGAUGCGGAGCUGAUGGGAAGCGCCAAGCAUUAAACUGGAAAAGUGCUUCUUUCACCUGCCUAUGAGCUGAUGCAGUGGGGAGAGGGAGGGAAGGAAGAAUGGAAGCUACUUCAGCUGACAGGCAGUUGGAGUGCACCUUGCUCCAGGCAAAGGAAUGAUCAGAAGCUCAAUUUAUUCCCUUGAUUCUUCCUGUGAAGCCAUAGCUGUACUUGGCAGACAUAUGAUGCCACAUAUGCAUUAGGAGUGGGGCAGAUGAGCAUGGUUUGCAGGGAAACGUGGGCCAAAUUGGCACUAUUGGUGGGCCCAGUUUGGCCUUCUGGCUGUAGAUUCCCCACCCCCUAACCCGAAGAGUGCUAUAUUUGGAAUAAUGGUAAUUUUAGCAAGGAAAGGGGCUAGCCCACAAAGAGCAUAGGCUUAAUUUAGGUUCUGGAACUCAGUUUGCCCCUUAAUUCAAAUGCAGAACUAAAACCGGUUGUCAAAGCUACCAUUUUGGCUCAUUUUCUUCUUCAUGCAGGCAAGCUCAUGAGCGCUUUGCUCAGUGGCCUAACUGAUCGAAACACCGUGGUGCAAAAAACUUUUGCCUUUGCCAUGGGACAUCUAGUCCGGGUGAGUGGAGCUUUGGUUCCUUCUCAGUUUUAUAUUUUAUUACUUCUGGGUUUUUUUGCGUUCAGAUGUUCCAAAAUGAUUUGAGCCUUUCUAAUUUUAUUUCAUUUAAAAAGACCUCACGGGACAGCAGCGCUGACAAAUUGCUGCAGAAGCUGAACAGUUGGUACAUGGAGAAAGAAGGUAUGUUUGUUUGUUUGUUUGUUUGUGUGCGUGCGUGCAUUUUAAACCUUGCCGUUUCAUGAGAUGAUAAAUACCAUGAGACAGGAAAAAAUAUGACUGUUCUAUAGCAUAAAGAUAAUGCUGGUAUUCCUUCUGACCCAUGCUCUGUGGGAGUCAUAAAGCCACGGUAAAGGCUUGUAAUAUUGCAGGGUGCCCCCUGACCUUGGCUGACCAGCACUCUGAGCUUUAUAAUGUAUUGGAAUGUAUUGACCUUAUACGGUGAAGGGGGCAAUAAAAGCCUUGACCGGAUGAGGUAACGUGAGACACUGGCAAACAGCCAUGCGGCUGGAGAGAGAGACAAAGGAGUAAUAAAAGUAACGGCAGGAGGAGAGGGAGGAAAAGGAGCUGCUCCUACCAUCAUGAAAAUAUUGCUGGCUCUCUGUGUCAUAAUUUUAUGCUAAACUUCGCCAUUUGUACGGCUGGCUCCGACAAGUGGUGCCCCGUGUGAGGCAGAAUAAAAGAAUACGUCUGAGGACUAAGAAAACCGUGUGAGGCAACUUAAAGAAAACAGUCUGAGGCAGACUGAGGAUUUUAAAAGGAAACCGUGUGAGGUUUAUCGAUCCUAGCAAAGGAUAUCAUCGGCUCACUACGCCCGGCCAGGGUUUCAAGCGCUAAUCAUCUUAAAAGAUCCCGGUGAGUUCCGAUCCCUUAUUUAUAUUGAUUUUAGAAAAAUGGGCAGCUCUUUGUCUGCUCCCCAACAGAAGUUUUUAAAAGACUUAAAAUUUCUCCUCUCCUCCAACAAAUUGGAAGUUCCGGAUGGUGAUUUGAUACAGCUCAUUCUGACUAUCAAAGAGCAUUCCCCCUGGUUUCCUGCAGAUGGGACUUGGGAAUUAAAACUUUGGGACAAGAUCGGGAACAUUUUCAUGGGCACCCCAGCAUAAGUGUUCGGAUUCUAAAUGCAUGGUGCAAGGUUCGUUACGCCAUGGACUCUUUAUCACCAAAAAAUAUCUCCAUGGCUGCAUUGCCAACACAACCUUCAGCUUCUUUAAUUCAGCCUGCUGUGUUAGAGACUGUUCCAAUACUCGUUUUGCCAGCAGAUCCAGACCCCAAACCUCCAGACUACAGUUCCUCACCUGAGGACCCAAUCCUGCAAAAAUACAGUGGUCUGGCUGGCAAUGAUCCUAAUCUUUCAGUGGCAGAACCAGCUACUCCUUUUCAACGUGCAGUCCUUGGCUGUUCCUUAAUUCAGGAUACUAUGGCAUUCCCUGUUAUUGUGCCCCCUGCUGGUGCCCCGGCAGGCACCCAAGCCCAACACCAACCUUUUGACUUUAAGAUUCUGAGAGAGCUGCAACAGUCAGUAAAGGCCAAUGGACUCCAAGCCCCAUAUAUGCAGGCGCUUUUAGAAGCCACAUUAGCCCAGCUCUUGGUUCCAGAGGACAUAAAGCUUUUGGCCCAUACAGUGUUGCCCCCAUCAGCUGGUGUUUUGUUUGCCCACGAAUGGGAAACUGCCUGCCGUGCAUAUGCUCCAGCCUUGUUACAACAAGUCAGAGGAAAUAAUCCAAAUGUUACCCUCGCAGACGUCUUAGAUGCCAUGUUGGGGCGUGGUUCCUUCGUUCAAGCUUCAGUGCAAGCCACACUGCUGCAAAUCUUAUUGAGGGACACUGCUCUUGCUGCUAAACAAGCAAUGAGAAAAAUCCCAGAACCCACCAGUAUUCAAUCAAGGUGGGGUUCAAUCAGGCAAGAGGCAAGAGAAUCAUAUUCUUCCUUUAUGGACAGGCUGCUUACAGCAGUGAGUCGCCAAAUUGAAAAUCCUGAAGCCAAACAAAUAAUUAUCAAACAAUUGGCCUUUGAAAAUGCCAAUGAGGAUUGUAAACUUGCGUUACAACCGAUAAUACACAAUCCUGCCACAGACACAGCAGCCAUGCUUCGCAUUUGUCAGUCUGUUGGAACAGCCAGCCACAAGGCUUAUCUGCUGGCAGCAGCGCUAAAUGAAAACCAGCCUGUAGCCACCGAUACAACUUAUUUCCAGUGUGGCAAACCAGGAUCACCGAUACCCCCGGGUGGGUAGAACAGUGGCCUCUACCAAAAGAAAAAUCCGCAGCAGCGGCACCAGCUAUUUCUGACCAGCUUAUUUCUGAACAAUUGACUGUUGGCCACAUUGAACCAUCUUCAUCCCACUGGCUCCAGCAGACAGGGAACGGUUUGCUUUUACAUUGCCAGCAUAUAACAAUUCGCAGCCCACCCAGCGAUAUCAGUGGGUUGUCCUGCCUCAAGGCAUGUGGAACUCCCCUACACUUUGUCAACAUUUUGUGGGUGAAGCAUUGAAACCUUUCCGCAUGCGCCACCUAGAGGUGCUGCACACGAGCUGCAUCUGGCAGUGUUUGCCUUCCUAACCAUUUGCCUUGCCAUCCUUUGCUGCACCGUUAUACAAGGAAGAGAAGCAGACGACCAGUCCAGUUGAAACCACCAUAUUUCACCUCAUCGGCUGGCAAGCAGCUGUCGUCAGCUUCCUACUCUGGCUGGCAGUAUCCACGGCUCAGCCACUUUUGAACUAGAAGAACAGCGUUGUUGAAUAAGACUUUUAGGGGAGAAAAUUAUCAUAAGAUAUGGAGGGAUGAUAUUUUGUACAAGAUAUGAUUAUGUUUGCCAGUUUAUUGCAUGCUUCUAAAUGUUGGGUGUGUAUGCCAGUCAUUCAGGCAAAAUGCUUCAUGGUGUGCCUGUCAAUGGAUCUUUUCAAUUUAUAUCCCCUAAGCAAACUUUUUGGCCUCCAGUACAAUUGACCCUCCAUGAGCCUCCCCCCAUUUAUUUUCAAAUUAAGGAGGGGAAAGAAUCAUGGGGCAUAUAUCCAAACUGUCAAUAUACAUUGAAUUUCACUUUUAAUAGUUCUUGUUCUCUUACAGGAAGCCUACCAUGCAGCUUGGAAUCAGAAUUCUUAUAUUCUUGGCUUCCGGAUUUUAGUGAUCAUUAUAGUAGUUAUUGAUUUUAGUGAUCAUUAUAGUAGUUAUUUGCAUUAUUUUGUGUUGCUGUAUCCAAUGUAUUCUUUCUAUAAUCUCUAUAUGUAUUGCAUGGUUCUCCAGUCCGCAGCCCGCUUCCGGUGUCACAAGAGUCGCUUAUCGCGCUCGAUAUCGCGUAUUGACUCUGAUAUAAAGUAAAGAAAGAGGGAAUGUGGGAGUCAUAAAGCCACGGUAAAGGCUUGUAAUAUUGCAGGGUGCCCCCUGACCUUGGCUGACCAGCACUCUGAGCUUUAUAAUGUAUUGGAAUGUAUUGACCUUAUACGGUGAAGGGGGCAAUAAAAGCCUUGACCGGAUGAGGUAACGUGAGACACUGGCAAACAGCCAUGCGGCUGGAGAGAGAGACAAAGGAGUAAUAAAAGUAACGGCAGGAGGAGAGGGAGGAAAAAGGAGCUGCUCCUACCAUCAUGAAAAUAUUGCUGGCUCUCUGUGUCAUAAUUUUAUGCUAAACUUCGCCAUUUGUACGGCUGGCUCCGACAAUGCUCCUAAAUCAUAAAAUGAAACAUGGAAGGAAUGUACCUUUCUCUGAUAAAUUCAGCAAAUGGUUGAUGCUAGUGCCUGUCUCUUCAUUGCUUCCAUGAUAUAUGUUUUUUUUAAAAUUAACUAGAAGUGCCAUGCAUCUACAUUAAUUUGUGCCCUUACCUAAGAGCAGACAACUCCUCUGUGAAUUGAAAGCCAGGUGGCCACACCUAUAACUUUGUUCUUUACUUCAGAACAAGUCUACAAAAUGGCCUGUGCGUUAACCAUCCAUGCCAUUGGGCGCUACAGCCCAGAUGUACUGAAGAAUCAAGCCAGACAUGUCUUGCCCCUGGCCUUCCUGGGCAUGCACGAGGUCCCCGAGGAAGAAAAAGGCGAGAAGGAAGAGGGCAACCUGUGGACUGAAGUCUGGCAGGAAAAUGUGCCUGGUAAGUUGAUCUAAUUAGUUGUAAUUGAAUACGUUUAACCCCCUUGAGCUGCUAUGAAUGAAACAGAAAGGGUGGGAUACAAAUCCGAAAGUGCAUACAUUAAUUUUAAUAGUGAAUGAACACAGUCCUCAGUUUUGGCCUCGGAGAAUUCCUAAGUCACAAGAUGUUUUCUCGGUAAAGAUUAGAGCAGUUCUCAUAAAGCUAACCUGGUUCUGCUGCUCUUUACUCACCCUGUGACUCUUGUGUGUGCUUUGAAACCUAGGUACCUACGGUGGCAUAAGGCUUUAUAUGGAGGAAUUGAUAGCAAUCACCCAGAAAGCUUUGCAGUCCCAAUCUUGGAAGAUGAAAGCUCAAGGAGCAGCCAGCAUGGCGUCCAUUGCAAAGCAAACUGGCUCCCUGGUCCCUCCGCACUUGGGCAUGGUGCUCUCUGCUCUGUUGCAAGGCCUGUCUGGGAGAACGUGGGCAGGGAAGGUAAGAAACACAUUUUAAGGGAGAAGGUGAUUAGCUCCAUACUUAAGUAGAUGGGAAUAAAAUACAUCACAAGCAUUUGUAUCUUCUUCUUCCUUUUGCAUGGAUGCCUCUAUUUGGAUAUUGCUGUCAAGCAAAGAAAAAUUCUGAUCUAUAACGUGAAACUGGGUGGGGCCUGAAUAUUGUUAGAGCUCAAUCUUGCUUUGGCAAAUCUUUUCUCUCUCUCUCUCUCCCUUGCUCUCUCCUCCCUGCUUUUUGCUGCUGCUGUUGACAGCCAGGUGUUGGUGUAUGAAAUGUACAAAUCUGGUUGGCUACAAAGGAUAAUUAUUGGGUGAUGUGAGGGGGAGGCAUUUUAAAAGUGCUUUGUAGCUAGGGCAUGAAUGAAUUAGUAUUUUUGUGGGCUGUAUCACUUUUGCAUAUGUUCACCUGUCUUUUUUCCAUAUUAAUAUUUAAUUUUUUUAUUUAAAAAACUCCCACAUGAAAAGUUGCAUUUAAAUACGUAUUUCUGAGCUUAUUUUAUCUCAAGAUAGGUAUUUCUAAAGAUAAGUUUUUCAGCUGAGGCAUGUUUGAACAUUCAAAGCAAGAAGCUAAGUUCUGAUCUGCAUGUUAGUUGAGGAGGUGCUGAUUAGGCCAGUCAGUUGGUAUUGGAAUUUCUUAAAGAUGGGCUUGCUCAAGCUUUGCUACUCAUAACGUUGUUCUGGAAACAGUGGUCCCUGGACCCUGUACUUGCCCAUAGAACCAUAUUUCAUGGCUUACAAAGAACCGUUGACAAGCAAAAUAAUCUUGAGGCUCAAGACAGCCAGUAUCCUUUUCUUUUAUAUUUUUAAUGAUAUGGCUUGGUGGCCCAGUGUUAAAAUGUGUUGGAAACUAUGUUACUAUUAUAUGGAUCAUGGUAUUUGAAAGUCUCUGCAAUUUCUGCCCUAUCCAGAGUAGUUAAGAACUCCUAAGUAACCACUUUCCCUGUGCACUUCGGAAAUCCCAUGCUAAAAAUUCUUCCCAUUUCUUGUUUUGUGAUAACCCUUUUAGGAGGAGUUACUGAAAGCUACUGCCAGUGUUGUCUGUUCAUGCAGGUAAAAAAGUCCAUCUUUUACUGGUUCUGAGCUGUGAGCUUUAUAAAGGUUGGCACUAUUUAAUAAGGUGGGCAAACAGUGAGUGACCAAAUCUGCGUUUACUGUUGGUAUUUUCAGCACGGAGUUGCAGAAGUCUUUACCCAACCAGCCCAGCGUUGACGACAUCCUACAGGCCUUGCUGAAGGAGUGCCGGAAAGAGAACCUCAGGUACAAGAUUGUGGCUCUCCGGUGCACAGCUGAUGUGCUCAAGGCCACGCAGGAGAAUCGGUUCAAGGAGCUGACAGACAUCAUCUUUCCCAUAAUAAUGAAGGUGAACUUUCAGUCCAUGUUGCUUUUGAAUAGCCCACUAAGAAUGAAUAAUACCACCCUUUGCCCAUUGUAUCAAACUCUGCAGACCAUUCAUAUAUAUUCUCAGCAUUCCUUACAACAGCUCUGUAAGGUAGGCCAGUGACGUCAUCCCCAUAUCGCAGAUAGGGGAUGAAGCUGAGAAUUAGCUGGCUUGUCACCCGUUGGCUGAGUCAUCCGUUGAAUUUGUGGCAGGACCGGGAUUUUAACUGAUGGCUUCCUAUUUUGCUGCUCAGUCUCUUCACAACAAUAUGCUUUCUGCCGCUAGCACUGGCCGAGGGGGAAACCAGCAAAUCUUAACCUUCUGCAGAUUCUUUUCUUAAGUACGUUGUCCUUCUGUGAGAGAAUUAAAUGGAGCAGCACUCAUUUUAAUACAUGGGCUGGGAUGUCCAAACAACGUCAUAGAGUUGGAAGAGAUCUUGGAGGUCCUUGUCUGCAUCAUCUUGCUCCAUGCAGGUUCCUGGAGGCACCUGAAGCAUCGCUGAGAAGUGGAUGUCCAACCUCUUCUUAAACACUUCCAGCAAAGGAGUGACCAGCAGCUUUCAAAGCAGCCUGUUCUAGUGUGGACCCAGAUCAAGCCCUUGGGAAGCUUUUCUUAAUGCUAUGCAAAAACUAACCUGCAUUCUUCUUGUCUCUCCUUCCUCCUCCAAUCCUUUCCUCUGGUACCACUGCAGAACUGCCCUGAGAACAUGGGGGCCAGUUCACCACAGAACAACGAUGAAGAUGAGAAUGAAAACGAGAAGGAGCUCCAGAUGGAAUCUCUUCUCUGUGCCUUUGAGAGUUUGGGCAAAGCGUGGCCCAGAAACCCAGAAACACAACGUAGGUUUUUUCCUUACAAAUAUUUAUACUAAUUUUGUGCAAACUGCUUUUGAAAAAAAAAAUAAUCUCUAUAAUCAUGUGGUCUACAAAUCUUGUAAAAUAAAUAUAAAUAAUUGAAAGGUUUAAUCCCCAAAACUCGAGGCAUUUCAUCUUAAAAUAACAACAACCCUCUCCAAAAAAGAAUCAGAGAAUGAGAAGAAACUUGAGGACACUCUUUCAGAGUAUUUAUUCUAUUGUUCAAAUUGUUAUUCUUAAAAAACCCCAGCUGCUUUGAUACUUAGUGAUUUCAUUGUAGUUUUAUUUGUUGUAUUGUUCCUUAUUAGUUUUGUCACCCCAUUGAAAGGUGGGUUAAAUAUAUAUAUUUACAGAAAUGGAUAGACAGGAAAAUGGUUCCCAAGCUAUUUGAUCAAGAGUGUUUAGCUUUUUUUGGGCCCUGAGUACUGCGGUGGGGACAGUAAAUACAAUGCAAAAAAUUAAACACAAAAUACAAAAAAAAAAUAAACGCAAAAAGGUGUGAAUAUUGUUUGUGUUUAACAACAUUCAGCAGGAGAUAGUUAGAAUCAGACAUUUGUGUUUUAUGCACAGAAGUCUGCCCCCACUCUAGAUGAUUGCCCUCUACACCCUUUUAACCCAGGGAGGUUCAGGCAAACAUCUGUACAGGGGUAAUGUUGUAGUCCUGUCUAAAUGUAAUGAAUGGGAUCAUGAUACAGCAGAGUGCGUCUGCAAGUACUUUGCAAAAUAUAGGAGGCAGCUUUGAAGCGGGGGGGGGGAGGGGGGAGAGAGACUUCCGGUGAGAAUUAAGAUCCGGCCUUGGCUGCUGUGUCCUAGUCUCUCUCCUCCUCCCCUCCCCCCGCCAACAUAGCUUAAUUGGCAGGUUGCUAGGAUUGAACCCUACUUAGAAAUGAUGGCCUCUGACUUAGGGGUCCUUGCUGCAGGUCCCACGGGGAGCAGUAUAAAUGGGAGGAGGGGUGGCUGUGUUUUCUUCCAUUUCAGCAGUCCAGUGUUUUAGGUGUCUAAUGUCUUUGAGCACCUGCAUUUUUUUAAACCCCUGGUGAUAAUGUGUCUAGAGGACAGGGGUUUAAAUGUAGUUGUUUGCCUUACCUUUGUCUUGAUUCUCUUGAAAACCUUUUUUUUGCCCCAGGCUGCUAUCAACAAGAGGUGUGCAAACUAAUGUGCGACCGGCUGAAACUCAGUACGUGGAAAGUGCAGCUCGGAGUGCUCCAAGCUAUGAAAGCUUAUUUUCAAGGGUAAUUUCCCUCCAGGUGCUGAACCUGCUUCUUCUCUGCCUUUUCCUCCUGUGACAUUUUGUGCCUUCACGUGCGGUCGCGUCAAAUCUUGCAAGCACGCGGCGUGCCUCCCUUUUGUGGGGGCUUAUUUGCUGAUGUGAACAGAGACAGCAAAGCGGUAACUUGCUUAAGUUGUGUUUUGCAAACACCCGGUAGGCCCUGCCGUCCGUACUGUCUCCACAUUUGGGGAGGAGAAGGCUGCCUUCUACAUCACGUCAGAGAAAAGUAGAGAAAUUGGGGGGGGGGGGAGCUCUGUUUGGCCUAGAUAAGUAGGAUAAAGGUAAAGGGACCCCUGACCAUUAGGUCCAGUCAUGGCCGACUCUGGGUUUGCGGCGCUCAUCUCGCUUUAUUGGCCGAGGGAGCCGGCGUACAGCUUCCGGGUCAUGUGGCCAGCAUGACUAAGCAGCUUCUGGCGAACCAGAGCAGCACAUUGAAACGCCGUUUACCUUCCCACCGGAGCGGUACCUAUUUACCUACUUGCACUUUGAUGUGCUUUCGAACUGCUAGGUUGGCAGGAGCAGGGACUGAGCAACGGGAGCUCACCCCAUCGCGGGGAUUCGAACCGCCGACCUUCUGAUUGGCAAGUCCUAGGCUCUGUGGUUUAACCCACAGCGCCACCCGCGUCCCAAAUAAGUAGGAUGCACCUUUGUAAAUGAUAAAAACUUUUCAGUGGGGCAGUGCGAAUGAUCAGCUUCAAAAGUGGUGGACGUUAAGCACCACUGUGAUUUGGUCAUUUGCAAAUGGUGCUUCUCUCUGGGAUCAGCUAAUGUAGUACAUUUCUCCUCUGCAUUCCAUGUCUUUAUUCCAGUGCAAUGCCAAGUAACCAUCAGUAAAAGGGCUUCCAUUUGUGCAACAGAACCACUCCCCCUCUCCUUCCCCCAUGUGGAAGCCCUGUUGUCCCCAGACCGACUUUGGGGGAGGGUUGGUGGGAAGCACCCAGAAUGGAAUUUAGGGGGUACACAGGAAGAAAUGAGAAAGUCCUUUGCGUCAACAGAUAUUCUUUUGCUGAAAGGACAGUUACUUAGCGCUGCUUUGGCUAAAAGCCUAUAUGUUGUGGGCUUAAGCCCACACCAAUCCUCUCUAGCUAGGACUAAUUGGUGCAGGCUCUGCUGUUUGCAGACUAACCACUAGCCAAGACUCAGAGAGUUAAAAGGGAAACCGUUUCCUGCCUCUUCCAGAGACGCGUCCCAUGUUUCCUACAGUUAUCUCUGAUAGCCCUAAACUGGGCAGCUACUGUUCCGAUAUUGUCAGCAAGCUCCUUUUGACAUAAGGCAAUGGUGCUGUUCUUCCUUUGGGUAGGUUACUGUUGCUUGAAGCAGAACACUCAGAUCCUGAGGCUUUGAGAAGAAUACUGUUUGAAACCUGUUCCUCUAUCACCCAUUCUCUAGGUAAGUAUCUUGUCAGCGGUGCACCAGGAAACCCAUUUUAAAGCUUUAAAUGACUAGCUUUCACUAGCAGAAGAGAGUGGAGCCUUUUGCGCUUUUGGAAUUUCUUGUAUCCAUCGAUAUUGAACCUCUCUUGGAGACAGAUGGAGGGGCUGUAGGAACUAAAGGAUUGAUGCAUGACUAAAAGAGACUCCCCACUUCAGACUUUUGUAGAGGGUGGUGGGACAGAGGUGGGGGUGGACCUUACUUUUUUCAUCUUUGUUCUCCUCAACAGAAUCCUACUCGUGUGUGGGAUUAUAACAUAAGAAGAUACUAGAAUUCUGCCCUGUAGCCUUUUAGAUAUGGGAACAGGGAAGAGACUCAUUUUUGAAUGCUCCAUAUUUUGCGGGGAGGGCAGUUGUGAACUUGUGGUGGGUAAGACAGAUGUAUUCCCAUUAACUAUAUGCAUCUGGGUCAUUGCAUAAAUAAAUGCUGGGUUCUCAUUUAACUUCUGACAAAAGUUCUUCCCUGGCAAACAUUUUGUCGUUUCUUGGAAUAAUAACAAUACAGUGCUACCUCAGGUUACAAACACUUUGGGUUGCAAACUCUGCUAACCCAGAAGUAGUACCUCGGGUUGAGAACUUUGCCCCAGGAUGAGAACGGAAAUCGUGCACCGGCGGCACGGCUGCAGCUUAAGCCACGUCUCAGGUUAAGAACUGUUUCGGGUUAAGAACAGACCUCCGGAACGAAUUAAGUUCGUAACCUGAGGUACCACUGUAAAUCUGUACCAAAACUGGGGUUAGAAGAAAUUAAGAAGUGCAUGUUGCCCUGCAAGAUGCUUAAAAGAUGUAUGUGGCCCAUAUGCAUCUCUGGCAUAAAGUUACAUUUCCCUCAGGUUAUAUUCACUCUUGACUAAUGUUUGUUCCCUCAGAGAAUAGAAGCUACACCUCCAUAAGAACUGAAGCCUUGUCAGUGAUAGAAGUACUGCUCACAAAACUUGAAGGCAAGUUUUUUUUCAUGAUUUUGGAAAUGUUGAUCAACCAGGUUGUCUCUUAACUCCAGAAGGCUAAAGAAUGCUGCAGUUCAGUGCUAGUCUAGACUGAUUUUAAAGCAAUAAUUGGUAUACAUUUAUUGGGGUGAGUACUCUGCUCUUUUUGCUUUGCAGGGUAAUUUUGGCCAGGCUGCUUCCCAUUUUGUAUUAUGGAAGCUCGGUUUCUGUGCAUGAACUGCAUAAGAGUCACACCAGUUGUUUGUUUGACAUAAACUUACCUGCUUGUAUUUGCUUUAUUGUGUAUUUACUCAUUUUUGUUGGGAGCCGGCCAGUGGCUAGGGCAACCAUAUGGGCAUAUAAAUUGUUGUUGUUAUUGUUAAUAAUAAUAGUAAUAGCCAGUGUGCUGUAGUGGUUAAGAGCGAUAGACUCGUAAUCUGGGGAACCGGGUUUGCGUCUCCGCUCCUCCAUAUGCAGCUGCUGGGUGACCUUGGGCCAGUCACACUUCUCUGAAGUCUCUCAGCCCCACUCACCUCACAGAGUGUUUGUUGUGGGGGAGGAAGGGAAAGGAGAAUGUUAGCUGCUUUGAGACUCCCUAGGGUAGUGAUAAAACGGGGUAUCAAAUCCAAACUCAUAAUAAUAAUAAUAAUAAUAAUAAUAAUAAUAAUAAUAAUAAACUUUUUGAUGUUUGAAAACCACAUUUCGUAAAAAACAAACAAACCAAGGAGUAUCGUUAUGGGGAUAAGGGGAAACCUAACAGAAGGCUUUGGAAAGGAGCUCAAGACACAGAAGUUCUGCCACCUAGGCUCCUGUAGUCAUUUCUAGGCAUUGUCUUGUAUGGUUUGCAAAAUGCCACUAGGAUAUGUUGGCAAAUGCCUUUGCAGAUAAAGGGUAGAAUUGUUAUUUUGGGGCUUGUAUUCCUACAGUCCCCGUUUCCUGCUAUGGAGCACUUUACAUUGCCCAUGUGUAUGUUUCUGCUUCUCAAAACUAAGCUGAACAUCUUAUUGGCUUCGUGUGUUUGGUAACAUCAAAACUAAACCUCUGGUGUGUGUUCCAUGUGUUGGGGCUGCCUUUGAAAGUUCCUGGUGCAGCACCUGGACCCAGGAGUAAGCAGUGAGAUGGACUCCAGAACUUGAUGGACUGCAUUUCCCAUCAGUUGAACUUCCCUUUGGCUAUUCUGGCUGGGGCAGAUGACAGUUGGAAGUCCACCAUCGUUGGCUCCCGCUGGGUAAGCCAGCCACUGCAUUAAGUUCAGGAAGACCUUUCAAAGGCAGCCCCACAAAUAAUGCACAUGACUCGAGGGACCAUAUAACCCCAGUCCUGAAGGAAGUUACACUGGUUACCAGUUAGUUUCUGAUCUUUCAAGCCGUUAGUGAUCUGGAUAUCUGAAGAAGCACUUCUCCCAUGUUUGUCCAUAUUUAUUUCUAUUUAUUUCCUUGAUAUCAUCUGAAGGCUCUUUCACUGCCUGAAGAUCAGUGGAUGGUUCCCAGGGCUGCCUUCUGACUUGUCACUAUCCAGAACCCAUUGAUGCUUCUUACUAUAUUUUAACUAAUCUUCUUAGGACUUUUUGUUGUUUUUAUAAGCGAUUUUUAUGGCUUGAAAAGCCCAGUAAGUGGGAAUGCAUGAAAUAACACGAUGAUGUCCUUCUGCCUCCUUCUCCUUAUGUAGAGUCCAGACAGUGGGGAAGCCUGAACACAGAAAACAGAGAACUCCUCAUUGGCUCCUUAACAGCCCUGAUGUUGGACAGCAGGCCUGAGCUACAAGAGAAAGCCACUUUGCUAAAGAAAACCUUAGAAAAACUUGAUUGAAUUGACAGUCAACCAAGUGCCAUGCGAAACGAAACAAGCAAAAGCGAAAGCGCGCAGUGAGCUCUGAAUACAGAGAGGGAACGUAAAGACGACUCUGUAGCAUGCAUCAUUCCUUGGCUAAAAUAAAGAACACCUUGAAUUCUGUUCCCCAUUAAUUUUAUCCUCCUCCUCUCUCCCCCGCCCCCCAAUUUUUUGUAACCAUUUCAGGCAGUUGGGCUAGAAUGAAAGCCUCGAGCAUAUUAAAAAAAAAGCAAAAGCACACAACCGUAAACCCAAGCUACGUAAUGAAUUUUUGGGAAAUUGUCCUGGCCUGCGUGCAAAUAAAGGAGGGGAAGAAGCACCUCAUUUGAAAAAUUAACACCAGCCAAAAUCUUGGGUGUGUACCUGGAAAUGAUGUUUGUAAGAAUUAUCAAAAGGUGUUCAUUGGAGCACUGGAGAUCAAAUACUCUGGCCUGUAUCUUUCAUGUGGAGUAAUUAUUACUUAGUGUUGUAUUGGUAGGACUCUGGCUCUUUUUAGGACAAGGUAAGCUAAUGCUAAUAUGGAGAGGUCCGCCUUCUGUUGGUUUAGCCUGACUUCCCUUUUGGAAUCCCGUUGAUGUGUUCUGGUCCUCCUGGUCCGCAUACUGCCAUGUCAUCCGAUGUAAAAAUGGAGCAAUUGCACACUGGAAAGCACUUUAAUUAGCUGUCUGGAAACAAGGGUGUACUUGGUUUUAAACAAGCAACGAAAGAGCACUGCCCUUUCCCGAAAUGAGUUUUGCAUGACACUCAGUAAUAGCAAAGCCCUUAUCCAAAAUAAUGGUUUUCAAGAGUGCUCUGCAUUUUCCACGAACUAUCUCAUAGUAGGCUUCCUUUUCUCAGGUUUGUAACCCCCGUCUUGCUUUGAAAAACUACGUGUUUUAACAUUAUUAAGAAGGUGCAGUUAAAUAACAGCGUUGUAUCUGACACGGCAUAUUCUGGUUUGUAAGAAAGUACUUUUGUUUUUCUGGGUAAGGCUUAACGUUGCAUCCAUUUAAGAGAGUGGAAACGCAUUGCAUUAAGCAGCCCCCUUUUCUGUAGUGGCAAAAGCAUUUUUUUGGGGGGGGGGGAAAUGAAAUUUGCUCCAAUUUUAAUAAAGGCUCCCUAGACGGUGCAGUUAAAACGUUUUAGAACUUCGCAACCCUAAUUUAAGGCUGAUCGCCAUACAUCCACAGAAUACCGUGUAGGAAAUAACGUGUGCUACUUGCUAACAGUUUUGUCGUGUGGUGUCCUUGCCCGUAAGAUGUUUGUAGGAUUUGUUUCACAUGAAGAUCUAUAUGCAGGUAGCACGUUAAUUCCUACAUGGAAGUGCCUUCUGCGUAGGACUUUUGCAACGUACAAAACUGACCACUGGUUCUGUUUGAUUGGCACCCCCAGCCACCCAGUUGCCCUGUGGCACCUUGGAGGGCUGCCUGACUCAGCCAGGAUUACUUGGAUGCAUCAGUUAUAAGAAUUGAUCCUCCCCCAGUGCAACAAGCCCCUUUCCAGGUGCCUUUGAUCACGAACCAUCGGCAUCUGCGUGGACUGCUCCCUCACAGAGAUACUUCAUAUAUUUGAUGGAUACAUCCCGAGGUGCGAGGGCACAAGCUGUUUUUAAAUUGGUCUUUUUAGGGAGGUUCAGGACAUUUGACAGAAAAAGGGGUGUGUUUAGGGCUGCUUCACAUUUAACGGCCACCCAGAAUUCCUGGGGGUGGGGUUACACGCCUGUAUCCUGAGGUUACAGGUUACCUCAAAAUGGCGUUGAGAGGCAUUUUCCUCAUGUGCCGCCACAUUUUGAGGACUCCUGGCCAUUGUUACGAUCUCGCUCCGUGGAAGUCUACUGAGAAAUUAAUGACUGGUGUGUGUGUGUGUGUGUGUGUGUCUCAUGUGUGUCGUCAGACUCUUUUGUCUGUUGGUUAAAGGCCUUUGUCUUCUACCUAGCACUGCCCCAUAGCUAAGGAAUAGUAAAGCUGGUCUAAAAGAUUUUAAUGUAUUACGGAAAGCUGCUUGUUGUUUACGCUGAGUUUGAAUUUGCCAAGCACAUCUGUAAAACGGAAUGUUUGUAGGCAUAAGAUCUUUGCAUAACUUUUAACAAAAUAGCCCAUUUUGUCUCGCAGGAGCUCUCUCUCUCUCUUUUUGUAUUACGCAGAAAUGUCAAGUGUUGCUCUUUUUCUUUCUUUUUGCAACAGUCGUUUUGAGUGUUUUAAUAGAACCUGUGACAACCAUAUAUAUAUAUAUAUACGACAUGUGCUAGGUCUCCGAUAUGACUCUUCAGCAACGGCUUCAGUAUUUUGAGGUGGAAUCUAAAAACUUGAGUUUGGAACAGCUGCUGUAGUAAGUAUUUCCAAAUGGAAAUUUAUAUUAACCGUACUGAAUACUAAAAUUCCAGAAUAAGAACUACCUGGAAUGUGCAAGUUUGGUGAAUAGCUUCUCUGAAUAGCUUUUUUUCUUCUAAAUUUAGAUUAUGAACUUACCAAACAAACAUGUGCCUCUAUGAGAAACCUACCUGCAAAAAAAAUAAGUUGACUUAGAGGUCAGAUGCCCGUCCCUCUUUUAAAUUUGUUGACUUGAUAGGAAAAAAGUGGCCUUUGGAGAGUUAUGUUUUCCUCUGAAAACAAUUGCACUAUAAAACACUGUUGCCCAAAUGUGGGCGCUUGUGCUGCUGUUUAAUGCUGCUUUGUAUACCUGGAUUGAAGUGUGUAAAUUUGACACUAUAGCACCCGCUGAAUUUACAAACUUGUUUUGUGUUUUAAAGAUUUCUAAUGUUGCAAGAAAAAGGUCUCCAUUAAAUUCACUACAUUCAUUUUCUGUAUCUGGAUGUCAAGUUAUGUAAGUGGAUUGACCGAAGGAAACCUCCCCACCAAAAGGGUAACAUUAAAAUAAAGGCACAUGACCUCCUCUUGGAUAGAA